ACACUGAUUCCUCUUGCCCUUCCUGGUCAGCCAUAACAACAGUGAUGGCGGCUGCUGCACGGUUUUUCAUCCGAGGUGCCCACUCGAAACUCUCCAUCUCCGGCGUCGGCACCGGGGCUCACAGCUCUUUCGGGGUCACGUUGUUGAAGCUGUCGCCGAACUGUAGCUCCCGAACAAAAUCACAACGAAGACAUGCAGCUCACUUUACCUACCAACCUGACCCCGUCCCGACACAAUACGGUGAGUGUUUGGCUAUCCGGCUAACGCUCGCUAACUUCACAGGACAACACGAGUGAAGUUUACACUCUUGAGGUGUCAAAGCCAAAAGUUCUUCACCUGCAUUGAGAACAAUGUCUGUCUUGUAGGUUUGGAGGGUAUGUAGGAGCAGUGUCUGUCCGGUUGUCCUUGUCAGUCGUGCAGAGACAGAGGGGUUCAGGUUUAACACUUGUCUUAAAUAUUUAAAGCUCCUGUUUGGACUAAAUAAGAGCAGUUUGUUCGGAGUAUAACCUCGUUCUUAUAUUUUUGGGGGGUUGACUUGUCUAAUAAGUUGAAUUUAAAAAUCUUCAUUUUGUAAACCCCCCUCUAUCAUUUACUAUUUUUUAAUGUAACAUUGUUCAUUUCAGACCAAUCACCAAGUUUAAAUCUGGAGCCCUCAUGCAUGAAAGCCAGCUCUAUGUCUGUACUUUGGGAAGAUCAGAUUAAUACAUCACACCUGUGUCGAGUUUCCUUUGCCCCUCAAGCCCUUUCAUACAGGGGUUAUUGAAUGGCAAAGUGACAAUUUUAGUGUUUGUUUUGACUUUUAUAAAGAGGAAAAGCCAGACCAAAACAUCUUUUUCAAUACAUCCAACUUUCAAAGAGUUGCAUAUCUGUCUACUGCAGCCAUCUCCAUGCAUUUAUGAGAUAAAAGUGAAGGAAAUGAGUUCAGUAUUUGGCCAUGAAGUAAUGAUAUUGUGGCAUUUUCAGAGAGCAAAUUACCCAGAUACUCCAAGGACCAUUGAAUGACAAUAGUAAGGGAAGGAAAUGUGACAAAAUACAUUACUAGUGGACAUGAUAUUCUUUCAUUAGUGUGAAUAUGAAGAAAAUUGAAGGACGCGCGUUUUUUGCUAUUUCCAAUUUAAGUUUUUGGUCUUUUAUAUUUUUUUCUGGUCCAAUUUGGGAAAAAAAUGUUAUAAACAAAAAGAUAGAACUUGAAGAGAGCUUUAAAAUGACACCUGAAUCAGCUCUCUGGGUGCCAUACUUCCAGAGAUACAAACACUUUUGUAACGCAUGUCAUGCUAGUUAGCCAAAAAUUCAUUAGCCCCUAUCUCACUAAUUAGAUGGCUUUGAACAAAAAUAUUUGAGCUCUGACAGUUUCUCCUGAGGGCCAAUCACUCCACCAAAUUUCAUCAAAAUCUGUGACGUGAGUGGCGAUUCUCGGUUGAAUUGACUUGGAAUGACCCCAAGGCGAUAUUGUUGCAUCGAACGAGCUCCUCCUGAUAGGACCGGAUCCUCCUCAUUACUUCCCACGAUUCACAGUGGAGGUUACAUCACACACACACACACACACACACACACCUGCUGAUAGGAGAAACGAGGUCACAGAAAAAUGAAAAAUGAAGAAUGAAGAAUGAAGUAAUAAAGCUAUUGGAGAGAGAAGUUAGAAAACACUCUCAUAUGAUGUGUAACAAGAGGUCAAAACAGUUCAUACUUGUAGUAAACUCUUACAUAAGAAUGUGAGUAAAAAUGAUAACUUCUAUACAUUUAUACACAUUAUUCUGACAUUGGGAAAUUGUGAUAAACGUAAAUAAAAACAGAAAACAAUGAUUAGCAAAUCCUUAUCAUCCUAUAUUCAAUUAAAUACACUACAAAGACAAGAUAUUUAAUGUUCAAACUCAUAAACUGAGGAGACUAAUUGUUGAAGCUUUGAAGGUGGAAUUCUUUCCCUUUCUUGCUUGAUGUACAGCUUCAGUUGUUCAACAGUCCGGGGUCUCCGUUGUUGUAUUUUACACUUCAUAAUAUGCCACACAUUACGCCAGUCGAGUGGGGGCAGCAGCCAGCAGCUGGCUAAACUAGCACACUUUUCAAUUCAUUAAUGUCCUCUGCCAUCAGCAAAGAAAAAGGCUGAUGCAGAUAAUCAGCUAAAUGUUAAAUAUCAGCCCUAAUAAUUGACCAUGGCUGAUAAUCAGUCUACCCCUAAUCUUACCCACUUCUUACCAACUUAAUUGUGUUUGUGUUUGUAUGUUGUCUCAUUGCAUGUUCAAAGGACAUCUUCUUUUAUAACCUGAAAAAUGUAGUGUGGAAAUGUUGAAAAUUUGCUGAACCUAAAGACUAAUUACAUUUCUGUUUAAUGAAGCAACUCACUGGUAAAGUAUAUAUAAAAAAAAUCAAUCAAACAUACAUAAUAAGGUUGAAUGUUAUAAUAAACCAAAUGGCACAAUCUACCCUUUACUGUAGAACGUCCAAUGGAAGAAACAGGAGAAAAUCACAGAAAAAAGGUACAUAAAAAAUUGUAUUAAAACCUGCGUGAAAUCUGACACUUUAUGGAAUUAAAACACAUUUUCUUUUACUUUUGUAAAAUAAUUGCCACUGUUCCCAGUGACGUUGGCUGUAACAUAAUUUAAAUGUCAAUUAAAGUGCACAGCGUUUCAGAGUACUUUGUUGUUCAUGGAAAGUGGUUUUGUCUGAUUUAUAUCCUGACAGGCCCUACCCAGAAGAUGAACUUGUUCCAGUCAGUAACAAGUGCCUUGGACAACACCCUUGCCAGUGAUCCAACUGCAGGUAAGAAACCAGAACAGAUGGUGGAAAUUAAUGUCUCCCCUUCUCUAGUUCUUUAAAAAAAAAAAAAAAAAGAUCAAAAGGGAAUAAUUAGGAAUAUCUAGCACUCAGAUUCUGGAUUAAUGCCACUGCUCGACCCACCUGUUGGUGAAGUGACUGUGGCGUUUGAGGACAAGAAGCUUCUGUGUGCACAAAUAUGAUCCUCCCAUCAAAAAUGUCGGUCUAUAGAAAUUCUUUGGCAUUCGCCAACAACCACUCUCAUCUCUUUUGUCUUCCAAUCAAUGCAUGUCAUGCAGCUACACAUGGAAUACAAACAAUGCAAAUGUUACAGAUUUGUCCUCUCUGCACUUUGGUGGGGCAAGAUAGCUUUCAUGAAAGGAGGCCUUGCCCCCAUCACAACAAAGGCUCAUUAUCAUUUCACAAAAACAAAAAAAAAGUGUAUUUAUUUCACAAAUUAUGAGUACUAUAUUUUAUUUCUGCAAAGUCCGUUCUGCUAAAUGCCACAAUAUACUCCACACUGCACCUUUUAACUCUGUGAACAGAGACAUUUAUAGUCAAGUGGAGUUUGAACAAGUCAUUUAUGUCGAGUUAUGUAUUAAUAAUUGGGCUCAGACAACGAGAUUCAAAAUACUUAGAUGAUUAAAAACAAGUAGCAUGAAGUACAACUGGAAAAGGUUCACUGACAGUUUUCAGUUACCAGUAAAGGCCAAGAAAGACUGAAAUGAGGGAAAUAUGUGAAGAGUUUGUUGAACUGUAAAUCAUGGGAAUCUGCUAAGAAACUAUCAGAGGCCAUAAAGGUACGAUCCAAAGACAUAAGCCUGAUUGUUCUUUGGAUGAGGUUUGAAACAGGUUAGAAUCCACUCAAAACUCUCACGGUCUUGUAGGGUCUAAAAACCUGCCCAAAUACCUGAAAACAUAUAAAGAAGAGAAAGACAAUGGUAUAUACUCGAGGAGAAUGGACAGAGAUAGUAUCAGGUACAAUCUCAAAACCACUCUGAAGGUAUUUCUGUCCCGUCUCUUUUAUUUAGGGUUGUCCCUGGUUACACAAUGUUUCUCAAGGAUGGGGUAAAAAUAUGUGCAGCAAUGUAAGCACUCUCAUAAAACAGAAUAAUGAACAACAGAGAAUAUGUGGGGGUCAAGACGACAUUGUUGCAUCAAACGAGCUCCUCCUGAUAGGAGCGGAUCCUCCUCAUUAGUUCCCACGAUUCACAGUGGAGGUUACAUCACACACACACACACCUGCUGAUAGGAGAAACGAGGUCACAGAAAAAUGAAGAAACACUCAUGAGCUGUGUAAUAAAGCUAUUGGAGAGAGAAGUUAGAAAACACUCUAAUAUGAUGUGUAACAAGAGGUCAAAACAGUUCAUACUUUAGUAAACUCUUACAUAAGAAUGUGAGUAAAAAUGAUAACUUCUAUAUACAUUUAUACACAUUAUUCUGACAGGUCUGAACCAGGAUAAUAGAAACUUCAAAUCCUUGAUCUGUGUCUUCAGACUAAUGAGUCCAGAUGUUUUUUUUUUCACCAUAUAUACACUGAGUUUUUAAAAAAGGGAUAAAAAUAUUUCCAAAUGAACUCUGAAAAAUUGAUAACCAUAUAUCUAUUAGGAGUGGGAAUCACCUGUGCUCUGUAGUAGGAUACUUUUGAUGUGUUUAAGUCUUGAUUUGAUAUUAUUGCAAUAUUGUUUUUUGGCUUGUGCAUGAUGUCCACAAAGGAGAACUCUAUUAAAAUAUAUAUUUUUAAUGUAUUUAUGUCACCAAAGUCAUUUCAGUUUCUACACACUGGAAGUCAAGCACACAGACAGAAGAGAGAACCCUGUGAUAAAGGUCGUAUAAACCUGAAAAACUGCAGUGUUUGUUUUACCGUCUAGUCUGACGUUAGUGAAUGUAAACCUGUGAACAAAUAUGUCACGUAUGAAUCUACUCUCUAUGAACCCUUUUUGCUGUAACCAAACUUUACAGAGUUGUGACAAGGAUGCAGAGUCACAUUGAGUUCCUGUAGUUAGACCAGGUGGGUUCCAGUGUCUUCAUUCAGGAACAGAAGCUCGUGUUUUCCAUCACUUUGAGUUGCUGCUUGUCUUUGUGCAUGAAUUAAUUCAUGGAUUGUCUUUCUCCCUCCUCCCAGUCCUCUUUGAGACACAGCCCUGACAAGCUCAGUGUCCCUGGUCAUGUUAUUUCACAUUUGCAAUUAAUACCAUAGAAGUUCCGGUGUUUAACAGCUGUUUAUUUCCAUAUGUAAUAUCAUGAUACUGUGUUGGUUCAAACCCCUCUGCCCCCAAUUUCUAUGAGGAAAUUUUAGACAAGUGUAGAUGUGGGUUUCUCUGGUGUUUGAAAGCCUUGUGCUGUGUUUCUUCUUUGUUUUUUUGCAGUGAUCUUUGGGGAGGACGUUGCCUUUGGUGGAGUAUUUCGAUGCACAGUGGGCCUGAGAGACAAAUACGGUAAGAUCAUCCCCGUCUGAUUCGAUCACAUUACCAGCCCCUGCUGCUGCUGAGUGUGCAGUUAAACAAACUAAAGCUGUCAGCAGUCUUCAUCUCUGACUACUUUGCAUGAUUAUACCACUAGAUGGAAGCAGAGCACUGUGCAGCUUCUCACUGUUUCAUCUUUUAGCCAUGUCCCCUGUUCACUGUGCACCAAGAGGACCAGAAGGAUCUGUUUGCACCAAAAUCAGGGUAGCUUUGUGAAUUUGAGACAGUACUUUGACAUAACCUGUCAGUGCUAAUCACUAUCAGUUUAUUUUAGGGUUUUGUUUUGUUGUAAGAUGAAAUCCUCUUUUUGAAGUUUGAGAGUGUUGCAGGGAUUGUGACAGUAGGAUUGUUUUUUGACUGGCAUUUCAAUAAAGUGGAUCUUCUGUCUUUUAAUGCGGCGUUUAAAAAUCUUUAAAUGCUUGUUUCUGCUCUGUUACUGCUCUGCUCUUAAUGAAUUUCAUCCAUCGGAAAGAAAGCGGUCUAAGCAGAUCGGAGCUUUUUACAGAUUUGUCCAAAUUGGCUUGAAUGACUGGCAUUGCUGUGAUUGCAGCAGAUUUUCUCUGUGCUGUGAAAUAACUAAUCCAUGGCAGACGUCUUAUCCUGCCGUUUAAGGAAAAGCACAAUGGCUCUUUUCUUACUCAUUAAACUUUGAUACUGUGACAACGCAUCAGUCUUAAUGAAACCAGGACUCUCAGACCGGUGCAGCUAAAUGGAAUCAAGCCUUCAUUGAUUUUCUGUUUUGAUGAGGCAGAAAAAGCUCUUCUAUGAGGAGUAAACACUCUUAUACAUGUUUCUUUAACUGCGACCUGCUUUGAAGUUUGAACCCAAAAAGAGGGAUGCAUCUGCAGUUUGUUACUUUGGCCAUUUAUAUUGCUUAUGAUAUUAGUCAGGAAGGAUUUUCCCCUCAAAAGUGGCUGAAAGGCCCAGUUUUCUUCUGUAGUUGACAGUCUAACAAAAACCACGAAUCACACGAAGGACAGAAAUGACAAAAGACGUGAGAGUAACAUCAUACUGCUUUUAAUCUAAGUCUGGAUCUUGGAAAUCAGUGCUGGGCAAAAAAAGAAAAACAUUUGUGGCUUAAGAAAAGUCCUUUUUUUAAAGCAUGUAAAUGUCUGACUAAAAUGUUUUCGUCUGUGUUUUGGUGAUCUGGGAAGAACCAAUUUGGGAAAAGGAUUUUUUUCCCCCCUUUAAUUACCAUAAGCCAGUCCAAUGCAUCUUCAGCGAAAUUCAGGUCCUGUAAAAAAGCUUGACUCGACAAAUAACAGAAACAGCGCAGAGACAGCACGAAAUUGUUCUUAUUGUUUAUUAUUUUGUAAAAGUAGUCCAGCAUAAUUAGAUGUCAAUAAAAUGUUUGUUUAAAGUUCGUUUGGAGUUGAUUUGGUGUAUUUUCCCUUUGGUCUGCGAGGAGUCUGAAAUGGAGCCUACUGAAGCGGACUUUGCUUUUUGUUUUCAUUGACGUCAGACGUGUUGACCUUUUGAAGAGGGAUGAUUAUUUUCCAUCCCAUCCUUGUGUACGGUGAUGAGAGCUAAGCUGUUUUUAUCCCUCUCCCUACAGAAGAGGGAUGCUGCACACCUUUGCCAGCCACUGCUAUUAGACAGAACAGAGGUUAAUGCAGGGCUGAUACACUAUAUGAAUGGCUUUUUUAUGAAGCAGAUGCUCAUCUUGGUGAUUCAGCCCUCCCGCCGCUGACUACAGGCUGCGUCUGAGAGCUGUUUCCCUGAAAACAGGAGGACACAUUGACCCUGUGCUUUGACUUGCUCUUCCCACCACUUGUCUUUGUGUGUCUGAGUGCAGCCUUUUACAAUGAGGGCACCAUUUGUGUCCGACAGCAGUGACAAUAAAAGUAACCCAAACUUUACGUCUAUUUGAGGAUGCUUUCUCCAUUCAUGUGAACUACUGAGUGGCAAGAAUCUGUACAACAAUGCUGUUGAAAUGUACACAUCAUGUCGAUGUGACGUAACUUUUCAUGACAUUUCACUCACUACUCGUAACUUUGAUGAUACUCUGAAAUGCUUCCACUGGUUUUAUUCGGUCCCCCUUCUCAUGAAGCUGCAUAGUUGAGGUCGGCUUCACUCUGAGCAGCAAAGCACAAAGUUUUUAGAUCCCUUGUUGUUAAUUCCCUUAAGGGGCUUGAAGGACUGUGUGGCUUAUUAAACUUUGGGAGCAUGCAGGAGGGCACAUGAGGGCAACUUUCACUGUAGAGACACACAUACACACACUUCCCAGCAUAACUGAAAAAGACUGCAUUGGCAAAUACACAAAGAUGAGAGCAAAAAUAACACGCUCUACCCAAAUAUAGAGUCCCACUCCUGUGGCUCUUCCUAAAUUACUGGGUGGAGAGAAGGAAAAAAAAUCUUCAGUUUUUGCUCAGUGGGGGUUGUGUUAGCAUCCCAGUCUUAGUUAGUUACAGCUGAGGAGGAGUCAUCAGUUUGUCACUUCAUUUAUUUCAGCCUGCAUGGCAUUUGAAGAGGGGAGAAAUCUCUGCUAUCACAUCCAGUCAGUGUGGGAUGUGGGCUUGACGCUGCUAUCAGAAAACCCUGUUAUUCAUAUGACACCCUCUGCAAUUAUGGUCAGUGGUCUUAAGUGAAUAAAACACACACCAAUGAGAAACACUGCAGCAACACGUCUGACUUUAAACCACUGUGAACCUUUAUGUUAAAAUUGAAAAAGGGAACAUUUCCCAAAGCAAAGCUAGCGGCCUUCACUUUGUACUUUUUUAUCUCCUUAAUAGUUUUUCCCUCCUGUCUCCCUUAAUUUCCUCAGGCAAGGACAGAGUCUUCAACACUCCUCUAUGCGAGCAAGGGAUUGUGGGAUUUGGUAUUGGAGUAGCAGUUGCUGGUGCCACAGCUAUUGCUGAGAUCCAGUUUGCUGACUACAUCUAUCCUGCAUUUGACCAGGUAAGGAGGGCUGCAGCCCGACUCCACCGCUCUUCAACAUACAACUAGUGGUGGGCGAUAAAGCCUUCAAAUGAUAUCAGGAUAUUUCAAGGGAAUUUGGGAUAACAACAUGUAAUGAUGGGAUGGAAAAAAAAAACAUUCCGAACAGCAUAAUAUUAGUGAUUGCUGCUUCUGAACAACAGCCUUUUUAUUAUUGGUGUUAAAAGGAGGUUAAAUUAUGAAAAAAAAAUUCAGAUUUACCAUACAUAAAUGGGACAGGAGUUAAUAACCCCCCCCCCCAAAAAAACAAAAAAAAAAACAAAACAAAUAAAAUAAAAUAAAAUAAAAAUAUAAAUAGAUAUAUAAAUAAAAUAAAAUAAAAUAAAUAAUACGUAUAAUUUUCCCCAUGUUUUUUAUUUUUUAUUUUAAAUUAUGUCCUCAAACAUAAAAGUUGGACAACACUAGCCUGUUGUCUGUUUUGACCAUAGACCGUAUAUAGAAUGGACGCUGUCUGCCUUCUUGCUGGGUGAAGCCACUCCGAGAACAGCACCCUCUGGUGACGGGCUGCAGUAUAGGUCAUAAAUCUCACCUCCUCCAGCAAUCCCUAUGGAGCUGUGGACAAACUUUAGAAAUUAAUUACACAGGAUAUAAUGUUUCUCCCCCGAGCUUGCGAUGUUGACAUGUAGUUAUUGUAAGACUGGUUUGUGCUCAAGCCCUCUUUUUUCUGUGAAGCUCAGUUUCUGAAAGUUAUUAGGGGGUUCAUGUUUUCUAUGAUUGACACUUGAUACAGCCUAUGGGCGUAUGAAGAUUGUGUAGCUCACCCGGGGGAUACGCUGUUUGAGCUAAACGCCAUCACAGGGGCUCUCCCGCCGAAUGCGUACAACGCUGCUGCACCAUGUUGGUUUUAGGAAGUGGAGAAAAAACGCAGAAAUACCGAGAGCUUUUCGGCUUCAAAUCUGUAGACUGGCGGAAGGCGGCACCAGGUUGUGUAUAGUACAUACAGUCUAUGGAUUUUUACACACACCUGCUUGUCCUCUUGUAGAUUUCAUGACUCAAGAAACUUCCGUAAUGCACUCACAAUAUUUUCUCCUAUGUGAUCCUUGGCGAAAGUAACUGUUUUCAAGACAGGAGUCGUGCAGCUUCCAGUUGUAGCCUAUAUAAUGAACGGUCGGGCUGAUCUGGGGUUCGGUGGUUUGGCUCGACAUUCGUACAGGCAAAAAACUCCACCGAUGAGAAGGUAGAAGCCAGUUGGUUGAGGCCUGCUUUGGACGUUGGAGACAAAGAUGUUUUUUGAAAAAUAUUCUCUAGCUGGGAUUGUGUAUUUUGGGUCGAUUUUUUUGUUAAGUGUUUAAAGCUUUCCUUUCCGAUGGCCUGAAUUGGCUUCAUGUCUUCAGCCAAACAAUACGUGAACUCUUCAGUAAUGUCCUGCUACCGUUUUUUUUUUUGUUUUUUUUUCAAAUCACACGGAGUGCAGUGAGUGCUCCUACAAUGCUCCGUUUAGCCAUUUACUUUAUGAGUGAGACAGAAAAAGAUUCUCCACUUUAUAUUUUCUCUGUAUGGAAGUGUGAAUCAGCCUCCUUGUGGUUUUUGCUAAAAUGGAGACCCAUUUCAACAUGGUUCAAGUUCUUAUAAAAUAAACAGUUGGGAAACAUACAGUUAGUGCUGCGGCUCCAUGGGUAAGGUUUUGGCUCAUUCAUCAAUGACAAACUAUCAAACAGAUCGUUCAGUGUCUAGGGACACCGAGUGUUUACACUGUAGGGACAAGAAGUCCCUCACUGUUUGAACAGGUAAAAAUCAAAUAUCACUUACAGUUACAGUCCCUCACUGUUUGAAUAGUUGGAUAUUAAAUAUUGCAGACCGUUACAGCCCCCCACUGUUUAAACAGUUGGAAAUCAAGUGUUAUUUACAGUUUUAGUGUCACAGCGGUCCAAGAGGAACCUCUCUCUGACAGGUAUAUCUGUUCCCAGUGGCACGUUGAAGGUAUGAAGUUAAAGAGAGAAUAGCUGGAUAAAAGUUCACUGACGUAAAUCUCAAAAUCUGCUUUCAGCAUCAAAAGUCUUUCCUGUCAGCGUCACAACCCUGGGACACAAAGAUAUCACACCGUUUUUACUGGCAUCAGGUCGCUCUCUCCUCCCUGUGAUGACUGUUUUUUUCUUAAAGCUCAUGGAAGGAAUUCUUUUCAGAGGGGAUCCUGAUGACUUCGGGACAUCAUGUCCCCCACAAUCAUCACAUGCAAACCCUCUUUCCCUCUGCACCACAAAAGAGGCUUAAUGAAUCCCAUGGGUGUCUCCAUGGCAACCAUGUACGUUCUGUUUGCAUCACCAAAAGCAUGAAGGGAAGUGUAUUGUGAAAACGCAUCAAAACAUAGUAACCAUUAACAGAACAGAGGGGAGAAAAUAUGCUUUAAAACUCAUAACAUCAACAAAGAUAUACAGUGUUUAUAUUGAGGCCAAGAACAUCCCAUCUGUUGUUUGAUGUAUUUAUAGUAGCAAAACCACUCGCAUGUUUUGUGAGUCACAUCUGAGUGGCCAAAUUAUUCCUACCCAUACAACAUUUUCACUCACCAAGACAAAAUGCGUUAGGGGAAAAAAUGUGAUGCAGAAAUUUCUAAGGUGUGAGUUUGAAUUUAUAUGUGGACUGAGAUUACCACAUUUACUGUCAACAUUCAAACUACGCUGCAGAAAUGGAACCUGAAGCAGGAACACACUAAUUCUGAGUUUAUACUUAAAUUACUGGACACAAGUAAAGUAUAAUUUAUGAAACCAAAAUGAAGAAAGGUUAGGGGGUGCUGGUUUAAAGUGCUGGUUCAUCCUCACCCCUUGUUUGACUCAGCCACAACCCUUUUGCUACAUGUCUUCCCCCCUUUCUGUCUAAUUUCAGGUGUCUUGUCCAGUGCAGGUCAAUCCGCUCAGUGAAUCAAUGUAUUAUACUUGUGUGUGGUCUAAGAAUGGGCAUUUUAAGAAAGUCCAUCGAUCUUUUAAUCAUCCAAGUAAACGGUCAGUCAUCAAUUGAGUCAAAAUUUGCAAAAAACAACACAACACACCACACUUGAUCUUGCAUUCUUCUUUCUUGUUUUUUUUCUACGCAAGCUCUUUGAUGCUGUAUCACUCCCUUUGUAAAAUGUCAAAAUCCUUCGGCACGGUGAUAGUCACUUCAUUGCUUCAACACACACACACACUGACUGGACAAAGAGGGUAUCCCUUCUUAUCAGCAGAGGUUGAUCUUUGCUAGAAAACAGCUGGAGGAUGGACACACUCUGUCAGCCCUUUUUUAAUAACAUUAGAUGGAUUGAAAUUUUGUGUGAUCAAUGUAAUUCUUAGCGAUCAGUUAAUCAAUCAUCAAUUAAUGGUGCCAAUUCCUAGUGUGGUCUGCUCUCUUGGGACUUUCUUGUGCUAGAAUUUUGUGCAACAGUUUGCACGAUUUUAUGUGUUUUUCAGACGGAUAUGACACUCAGUUUAUUACCCACGAGAACACUUCAGAAAAGGAAGGAAGGAAAAAUAAAUAAACUCCAUUUCCUAUUUUGGCAGCCACAAAUGUUAGCGAUUUUAUUUGUUUUUUCUGACUUGUCCUGUGUCUUUUUUCUGCGACAUAUUUCUUAUUUCAUGCAGGUGUUUAAUAAACAGACCUCUAUUUAUCUGUCGUUGUUUUAUUUUACAAACAUUGUCAAAAUAUCACGUCGACAAAACAAGCCAAGACUUUUUCCUUGGGAAGAUAGAUGUGGCCUGAAUGGUCUGAGCACUGCACUCCCCUGCUGUUUUACCAUGCUUGUAUGUUGACACAAGUGUCAUUCUGUGUACUUUCUCCCUGCACAUGAUAGAUUGGAGUCCCUGCUGUGUCAAGGUUACAUAAAACAGACUAUGUGACAGUGGAGACAGUUUCUGAGUAGGUCCUGCUGCGGCGCUAAAACGGUUUAUUAAAUGUGUUGUUUGGCCUCGAGUGUGCUCCCUCUCCAGUCGUCUGUGCUCUCACUUAAAACGCUGCGGUCCAAACUGACCUCAGACAGGCGUUAUAGGUGAAUUAACAGCCCACCUGAAUUUCAGGAAGGAAAACUUGGGACACCUUUUUUGGAGGAAGCCCACGAUAAGAAACUGUAGAAGAAGUUAGAGGAAACCAAACACUUGAGGUGAAUGUGCUCCUUAAAAAUAAAAUAGUGUUUCUAAAAGCGCCAAGAGGAAAGAGAAAAGCGAGGUGAUUCACACAUGAAGCCUGAACCAGCAUCCACUGAUGUGGUCUCUUUUCAGAAAAACAAAAAACACUCUAUUCAGUUUUAUUUUUGUGAGUAACUCCUUAUUUUAUUACACUUUGUACAUAUCAGGGCUCUUCAGUGUUAUAUAUCAAAUGGCUGAUGGUGCUCUUAUACCAGCACUUUCAUAUGAACUGAUCAUGUGUUAUUUCAUUAACCUGACUCUUAUGUCUUUCGCAUAUCUUUGCAGAUAGUGAAUGAAGCAGCAAAGUACCGCUACCGCUCUGGUAACCUGUUUGACUGUGGAAACCUCACCAUACGGGCUCCGUGGGGUUGUGUCGGCCACGGAUCACUUUACCACUCUCAAAGCCCAGAGGCCUUCUUCGCCCACUGUCCCGGCAUCAAGGUCAGCUGUGGGCAUUGUGACAGGAUUUAUAAAGGGCAAUUUCCACUGAAUCCACUUGAUUUAUUUGAUCACAGCCAAGCCUGCGCAACUCUUAAUGUGAUGAAUUGUAUUUUUUAUAAGACUCUGGGUAUAUGAUUAAAUCCCUUUUAUUUACCUUCUGCAACAGUAGCAACAAAACAAUGCCAGGGGAAAAAAUUAUGGGUUUAUAGUCAAACAAUGGACUCAAGAGUAGUAAAGCACUUUAUAGCACCUUAAAAAACCCUCCACCAACCAUUAUUGUUUCGUCUAUUUCAUUUGAUUGCAUCAGGGCCAUGCAGAAGAGUUAUUAAUCUGAGGAGGUGUAGUGCUUUUGAGCUGAUCGAGCUUCUAGCCAGAUUAUAUUUGUGUGCGCAUUCACACGACAACAUAAAAAGGGGCAGCAAUGCUACCAUGUGUUAAAGGCACAUCAGUAUAAUCUAGUGGGAUUUAAAGAGAUGGUGAAGAGUGUGUGAGUUUGGUCUGUGAAUCAAAGGCUCUUGUUUCCUGCCCUUGAGAGCGAGACAGGACCAACAUGGUGAAAUCUUUGUUUCUGUCAGUUAGGGCUGGGCGAUAUGGCCUCAAAUUAAUAUCACAAUAUAUUGAGCAGUUCACCACGAUAACGAUAAAUGGACGAUAACUACUCCACAAGCUGCUCACCCCCUCCCACAUUAACUUUGUCUACUUCGCUCCAGCUGCUCAAACUUUUGAACCGCUCUCCAUCUCUUCACCUGUCUUUCAUACUUUGUUACGGACUGGGUGGGGUGGAGUCACAUCUCUGAUGUAGGACAGCAUCUUAAAGGGACAUGAGACCAUAGCCUAACUACACACAUCCAAAACCAACUUUUAUUAAUCUUUUUUGGUACCGAAUAUAUCGACAAAGGCAAAUUGAUGUUGGUUAUUUUUGUAAAUUUCAGUAUUGGUAAAUUUUCAGUUUAUCGCCCAGCUCUACUGUCAGUGAAAAGCAGCACUGCUUGUUUCUUCUGUUCCUCUCUAAGCAUCUGCAUCGUGUAAUGAGAAAACUUCCUUUACAUGGACUGUGCAGGCAUCAAGUGAGCAGUGUUUUUCUGUGCUCUGAUGGAGCCCCUCAUGACAACCACUCAUCUUACUGCAGUUAUUUAUCUAGGUUUGAACUCUUUUGCGAAUCAAAGUCUGAAGCCUCCCCCUCACUCCCAACAACAUAUAAUAACAUGUUAAGAAACAGUAAAAGCUUGGGGAAUUAGUUAUUGUGCACAUCGAUGAGAGUUUUCCUUUAAUCUGCUGAUCACAAGGUGUGGACUUCAAACUGGUUGAUUUGUUGUGCCUCUAGAUUUAGAGUAACAGAGCCUUUUGUGAGCCGUUUGUGACAAAGAAGCAUAAUCUGACAGAAAUGUGGAGAAAUGUUGCUCCUGUUUUGGUCAAAGGCCUCUCAUCCAGAGUUAUAUAACUCAGGCCAUUUAUAGAGAUGAAUGACUGGGGAAAUACACACAUUCAUUGUGCCGCAGUGCGGUGACAACUGCUCAGUGCUGUAAAUUUAGUUGUAUAUAAAUGUCAUGCAUAGGGAUAAACACACAAGCUUCAGUCUUGUAAUAAGGCAAGAGGGAGCGCCUAUAACUUUAACUUUGUACGUGUGAAAAAAGGCACAAGGGGUGAAAUCACUCUUUUAGACAGCGAACAGGAACAUAACAGCAUGUGCUCAGAGUAAACAGGUCGAUCCUAAAUGUCAAGAUUUCACCUCCCCUCACUGUGCAUACAUAUAAUCAUCAUCAUCAUCAUCAUCCAAGUUUCUCACACCCAAUCACUGUGCUGCUACUGCUCCAACUUCCACUGUUGCUGAGAGCAAUAAACAUGUUGUCUCCCAGCAAAGGUCAGACUGAUAAAUGUUAAUGUUUGUGUAAACUAUCAGCUUUCACUGUUGGUUCCAUCUGAGGGUCAGUCCUGACAUAUAAGCACACCGGCUGGACUUAGAUUUGGCGCAGUGUUACUAUGAUUCCCCAGUUCUGACUAAAAUAUCACCAGGAGAUUAAAAACAAGGGACAAAAUUAAACUGCCAUACAGAGUAAAAACAGAAUACAAGUACUGUUUCAUCGUAGGCAUGCAAACAGUUUGUCAUGCUCUUAUUUUGAUAUUUGUUGUCUUGCUUCCAGAUUGCUGUCUAUCUUGCAUUGUCAAACUGUGCUUUUAUUUUGAAGUAUAGCACAUUAGUAGAUUGUUACAGAACUAAACAUAAACAGAAGAAAUGUGUAACUUGCAGUUAUUUCAGUUUUUGAAAGUAGCUGUGAAGUUGGGUUAUUUUGACACUAUGGGCCUAAUAAAGUUCACAAUGUUGUUUUUCAGGUUGUGGUGCCUCGUGGUCCAGUGCAGGCCAAAGGACUGCUUCUUGCCUGCAUCGAAGACAAGAACCCCUGCAUAUUCUUUGAACCCAAGAUCUUGUACAGAGCAGCAGGUGAGCAUGACUAUUUGAGUGGAAAGCCUGCCUGUAGAUGAUCAGUCGUGAGUUCAUUUGUCACCCCCUGACGUGCAGCUUCCUCCAUCAUCGUGCCACGCUGGCUCUUGUUCUCGCCGCUUGGUUUCUUUAUUGAAAGCAAAUGUUUCCCCCGUUAGAAAAGUCAUGCAAGGCAAACAAACAGUGCUCCUCACUGCAAACAACAUGAGAUCAGCAGGACCCUGAGUGUGCAGCAGACUCUCUAAAUGGGCUAUGAAGUGUUGACAGUGUGGAGCUGGAUCCUCUCUCCCUCCCCUCCAUGUGUGGGGGCAACAUCAUUGUGCAGGAAAGUUUGAUUGAACUUGAGGCCAGCAUGGUUUUGUGCAGGCAGCUGUGCCAAAAGGUGUCCAGGCUUGUUGUGAUAAACUAUUAACCAUAUGUUGGCCUAACCCUAACCCUCACCCUCCUGCAAUAUAGCCCUGCCUUGGCUGAAUCAUCAUAAUUUGAUAUGUGUAAUUCAGACAGGGUUUCAAGUUUGAAGACGAUGUUUAGGCUCAUUAAAGUAAUAAAAGACAGACCUAGAACAGAUUGGUACUACCAUCCUUGAAGCGGAGCCUCUGAUUUUCACAAGUUUUUUUGAUUUCCCGCUUUGAUAAGAGCCAGAUGAGCUUGUGAAAUAUUAUAGGCGACUGCCGAGGUUGUUUUAACUAUGGCAAUAUGUCAGUGAUCAUCGUCCAAAAAAGGUUCUCCUGUUGCAAUAUCAAACUACUCAUCAGCAACAAGAAAAUGAACCCAUUAGUCACGUCUCUCUUUUUUAAAGAGUUUGUUUUUGCAGCAGCAAAAGGUAAAAGUUAAAAGACCCAGUGAAAGUGAAAUUUAUCUGCAAAUUCAUCUUGAAUACUUGCAGAAAAGAAGCACAACAAUAACAACAGAAGCAAGAAGAAACACAUUUACAGCUUCAUUGUGUCCCUCUCACGACUUAUCAAACUAGGAGUGUAGGCAUUGUUUUAUGCUCAAUGAUCUUCCCUGUGUUUUGUCUUCAGGAUUUUCAAACAGGCUACACAAACUCAUAGGCUUGCAAAAUUGUUGUUUGCGUUAUCUACUCAGCAUUUCUCACCUAAAGGGAUAUAAAACUGCGUCAGAAACCUGUCUUGUAACUGUGCAGUCUGUCCCCCUUUUUUGUGUAGCGCUUAAUACCUCAGCAGCGGUUCUUGAAAUAGAGAAGACAGUGUAACAGGGCUGAUGUGCCACAGAGGCUUUCAUAGUAACUCUUCUGGGCAUAUCUGCUUUUAUUAGACUGGGCAGCUGAAAGGAGACAGAGAAUGUGGGGCCAAGAGUCCAAUCAAUGACAGUUGCAAAGAGGACUAUAGCCAACAACAGCCCGUGCUGGAAGCUAUCAUUUGGAUGUGUCCAGCUCUUCAUUUCCUCCUUUGCCGUAGAGGAUGGCAUUGUUUCACUGGACAGCUUCAGCCUUGGAGUUUGUUGCUGCUAUGGUGAUUUAAUGGAAAAAAAAGAGAAAUCAGAAUGGUUCUGAAGCUGCAUGUUUUGGACUCAGCACACUUGCCAUGUACUCCAGAGGUCUUAAACAACUUUCAGCCAUGCUCAGAUCUGAAUAUCCCUCACUGAUUGGCUGCUGCAGUGAUUCAAACUUCACUGACACUUAAAUAACAGAGGGAAAUCAACCUUUGAAGAGACUAACAUAUGUGCCAUCAUGUGCUAAAGUAGAGGAGAGGGUUUUCUGAGGGUUUUGGUAUUUGUAAGGAAAUAAAACCAGAUCCAUAGAGAUGAUGAAGACCUGCAAUCAACAAGGAGAAAACAGAGAGCAGUAGUGCGUGUACAUAUUGCAUUUUUCAGGGAAGUGAUUUUGACAUUUUCUGAUGGACACUUUGAAAUUGUAGCUUCAUCUUGCUGGUGUCUCACAGAGUCGACUGACUAGUCCACAUCUGUCACUGCACUGCUUAUUUAUUUGUCAAAACUGUUGAAAAAUAGGGCGUGUUGUCAGAUCAGCUUCAUUGAUAUAAUUUAAAAAGAUUCCUGAUUGAUGAGGUUUAACAUAUAGCAUGUGGCAGGUGCCUGGGCUCUUGGCAGUGUGUGCAGCUGCGUUAUUUUGUAGCUGAUAAAAAUGGAAGCAUCAGGAUCAGUGAUAAGACAGUGCUUCAGUAAUACACUGAGUGUAAGAUAGGUCUUCUUGUCACCUAAUAAUAAUAAUAAAAAUAAUUAAAAAAGAAAAUAAUCAUAAUAAUAAUAAUGAUGAUGAUGAUGAUGAUGAUGAUGAUGAUAAUAAUAAUAGUAGCAAUAAUAAUAAUAAUAAUAAUAAUAAUAAUAAUAAUAAUAUAAUAAUAAUGAUGAUGACGAUGAUGAUGAUGAUAAUAAUAAUAAUGUUUAUUUAUAUAGCUCCUUACAACAUCCAGAAAAAUGAACGAAGCGUUUUACAUAACAAAUACGAAGUUAAAUCUACAAAUACAGGAAAAAAAAACAUGACAAGUGACAAAAGGAUAUACAAAGGGAAGAGAACACAGAAACACAUAGCAAAUGGCAAAUAAAUAGGUGAAUUUUAGUUCAAAUAAAUUUCUAAGAGGAUAUGCAUCUGAUCAGCUGGUUUGUCAAGCUUUAAUUUGCGUGAAGCACUUUAUAAAUCAACUCAUGUUAAAACAUGCUGCCUUUUUUUCUUGCUGCAAACCAAGUUGCUUGUGCUCUAUUACUGAUCAGUGUGGUGAGAGGUAAUAUUUUUACAUUCCUGCAUUGAAGAUACCUGUUUGUUGCAAAGGCAGUCUUCUAGCUUUGCCAAGUGUCAUCUUCACAUCACUUUUCACCUCCUCAUUCAUAUAGUGCAGGUAUGCAAUGUUUUUGAGAGCGUGAGCAGCUUGGUAUGUUGUCUCAGCUCUGCACACUUUGCACACUCAUUUAUCACAGAUGCCUGAUGUUUUGGACAAGCCAAGAUGUGUCCACGCUCAGAUCUUGAAACUAGACUGCUUGAUAAGCUCCUGGGGGUCAUACUCCUCUGAAGCAUCAGCCAUCUUGAGGUUACUACUGAGGCAGUCCGGGACAAUCGCUGAAUGGGAGGAAAAUCUGCAUGUACAGUUUAUGUUUGCUGGUCAUUAAAAGUGCAGAAAUAUAUACUUCAAACCAAUAUUUGUCACGCUCAAUAUACAACAUAUUUUUUUGUCUAUCCAAAACAGAAAUGAACAGAUGUAUGUUUUACAAGUGUGGAGCGGUUGUUUAUAGAUGAAUUCAUUGAUGGAUUGAUGCAGUGAGUGAGUUUUUUAUGGCCCUAAAAGUUUUGCCUGAAAACACAUUGAAUAUCGAAGUUUUAUUGUACAAGUGAUUUGGGAAUAAUGCAGGACAGAAGUUUGUUUGAAUUUAUACCAAAGAAAAAGGAAACAAAACUAACUGCAGCUCCUUAAAAUUCCCCCGGGGGCACCAACACCUCUAUUUUAGGGCAACUCCUGCAGGGUGACAGAGUCAGCCAGCUCUUGUGCCAGGUCCACAUGCCUCUAAUGAUCUUUGCCUGGGUUAUGAAGUCAUGUUUUUAAUUGCUGUUGACUCUCUUUUGAUAGAAACCACACAUUUGUCUCAACAAGUCUGGUGGGGCCUGAGAUUCUACUUAUUAAACCAUAACCCAGUUUUCAUAAUUCAAUUUUAACAUUCUGUGAAAUGCUAUUAUUCCACUCAAGCAGCCUAUUUUCUGUCUGGUCUGAAAGUUGCUGAUGAUUCAUCCUUGGUGUUGUUUUAACAAAGUGAGUCGUGUGGAGAUGGGUACUUUUUUUUUUUUUUUUUUUUCCUAAAUGGCUUAAAAGGAUCAUGGGAGUCAUUCGAGGUUUCCAGAGAGGUCUUAAUCUGUGUGUGUCUCCGGGGUAUAAUUACUACUUAAUUGUAAUUGUGACUUCAUUUGCUGCCAUGUGGGGAAGCAUUCAUGCUUUGGUUACCCAGAAUCCCCUCUCACACGUAAAGGUCCUGGGAGCUGCAUGUUUUGUAUCCAGCGCGAUGACGAUGAUGACGAAUAAUUAAAAAAAGUUAGUAAGACGUGUUAUGACGUUGUUUCCUGGCAGUGUAAAUAUCACUAAUAAGCAGCAUGUUUCAAGGUGUUGGCAGUUUUGGUUUAUGAUAAGCGUUUACAUUGUAAUGGUUUCCAUGACUCUGCUUCACUUUUCCAAGAUGUUAUUAACUAUUAUUCAAACCAUAUACUUAGAUGCACUUUGUCUUGGACUUCGGUUCAAAGAGAUUUUGGCUGCUGAGCUCGUCUCUUUGGAUGCUCGUCCUGUUUCUGUGGCCCCUUUCUGAUUCAUGUCCCAUCCCACCAAUGUGUUGUUGUCAAUUUUAAUCAGGGCUCUUGGCGCAUAGCUGGCAGAAGAUAUCAUUAGGUCAUAUGUUAGGCUCUGCUGAUAAAAGUACACUCUGUCUUUAAAGGAUGAGGUUCUCGGAAAAAAAAACAUGAGGAAGUAUUUGAAAUCAGCCAGAGAAAAUGUCCUUGAGUUGGAGUUUCUAUUCUCUGACAAUCACUAAUUUCAGCGGUUUGUCUUUAAGUCUUUCAUUGAGAGGUCUGGUCAGAUUCGGAUUGAAGCAUUUUACAUGAAACCACAGUGAAAGGAUUAUUAAUUGUGCUCUGAUCGGGCCCUCGUUCAGUUUGCGUGAGCAUGCAUGUAAUGUGUUUGCGUCUUAAGCCCUGAGGAUGUAUUAACAUGUUGUUAUCAUGUUUGUGUUUCCUCAGUGGAGCAGGUCCCUGUGGAGGCCUAUACCAUCCCUCUCUCGCAGGCUGAGGUUCUACAGGAAGGAAGUGACGUCACUCUGGUUGCCUGGGGGACACAGGUAGGUGAUCCCGUGAAUCAUUGACAGACUCAGUGGGUGACCUGAGCACUUUUAAAUCCUCAUCUAUGUUUGGAUCAUUUUCCAUGACCAAAGGAAAAAAGCAGCCCCGUGUCCUCUCCUCUAAAUGAUGGUUAAAGCCACAGACGCAAGCAGUGGAUUAAUUUUAAAUCUGACUCAAGCCCCCUCUCACCCAGCAGGGUCUCUCAGUCGGCAGCCUGUGGCUCUAUCUUUCCAGACAUCUCCACAACAUUAGGACCGUUAUUGGCUUUCCAUGGGUUCACAUUAAAUACAUGCUGCACACUUUCCAUUGUUUCCUUUCAUUCAACCGAGAGACUUUAUUUUCUGCAGCUCAGUAUCGAUGCCUGUAACUCACCAGGAGUCAUCCCAGGCUUUGAUUGUAGACAGCCACUCUAACAGGCUUAUCCAGGCUGUAAUGUGCCUGCAGCAUGGAAGGGGGUCUGAGGGUAUUAAGGAAAAAAAAACACAGUAAAAGCCUGAACUAUUGCUAAACAGUGGACAGAGGAAAGUAAGGUACAAGUAAAAAUAUAUGGAAAGUACGGGUCUCCUUUUUCAGUGUUUUUCAAAAUUAAAUUGAUCCCCAGCUCUUGUGCUGAUUCAGCCUCAAACAAGCCGGCAAUCAACUGACAGUGAUCAAGCCUUGACAGGCAGCAGCUCAUAUUUUGAGGCUCCAGGUUUAGAGUGCUGCUAUCACAUAUCAGGGGAUGUUUAUUGUCUGACAAAUUAAUUUUGACAGAAUGAGUUACGCAUAUGCAGAUAUGAGCAGAUAGAGAUUAUGCUAGUAAAUAAGAAACAUUUCUAUUAUUACGCCAUCAGUUAAAGGGCUUUAUUUUUCCUAAUGUGACCAUUCUGUUCUUCACAACUAGUGCAUGAAUGACAAAAGCUUGCUAACAGUGUGACUGUUACAGCAAACAGAGAUUGAAAAGUCUAUGACACAUUAUCCUCGCCCUUGUCCACAGAUUCUGCAUACAUAUAUGUAAGAUCAUAGAGAUUGGUCCAAAUAACAGUUAAAAAAUGAGUGACGGUGACUGUAAAAAGGUGGAGGUAGGCCCAGUGAUGUCAUCCAUUGUUUUCUGAAGCUGAGUUUUGAAGCCAAAUUACAGCAGCCAUCGUAUUAGUCCCAAUCAUAGACUGUAUAUACUAUGGACAACUUGGCUCUGCCUUCCGCCAGUAUACGGAUUUGUAGCCAAAAAGCUCUUGCUAUUUCUGUUUUUUUUUCUCCACUUUCUGAAACCAACAUUGCGCAGUAGCGUUGUACACACUCCACCACUUGAGGCUGUAUCAAGUGUCAAUCAUAGAAAAAAUGAACCAACUUUUGGUCAACUUCGCAUGAAGAAAAGGGGCGGAGUUUAGGUUUUCUUCUAGCCUAACAGCUGCAGUGUGCCAGCCAAGUCAGCCACGCCCCCAAUCAUGCCUUAAUAGCACAAAUUUGUAGCCUUGAUAACUUUAAAAUGAAGUCCUAGUUAGAUUAAGUUUGAUAUAGUUCAACCCCAGUAGUACAGUUCUUAUGAUCAGGGAAAUGGGCCAUUGAUAUUCCAACAAGUUGUAAAAAAAGGGCCACUGCGGUUUUUGGAGUCAGCCCCUUGUGGACACUGGCUGAACUUGCAUUUGCUUCAUUUUUUUAACAACUCAAUUUACUGGUGCCCAGUUUUAAAUGUCUGACUGAUGUCCUACAGAGAUCCCCUGUUUUCACCACUUUUUAUGACAGCAUUAGUCAUUGUAGACGUUGGGGGUCCGGGUUUGAACCAUUCCAAUCUGACUCAGCUGUUAAUGUGACUUAUUGUUUUUAAGGUUCAGAUCAAGACACAGCCAAUAAAGCCUGCCAGUAAACACGGACUCAGUGAACUAAAGUGCUUUAACAAAUGAUCAAUUGAUGGGACUAACUUGAACAGCAUGCUGUUUUCUGUUUGCAGAGGAGGUUAGGGCCAGAGAAACAAAGAGUCAUUGAAGUUGGACUGACAUUUUUCUUCAAAUUUUGACUUUUUCCAGAAUUUGGGGGAAAAUGUCAAAAUCUUGAAAUUUUUGGUGCCCCUAAUCCUCUUCUUUACGUUAGAAUUUCUUUUAUUGAGCAUCGAUCCAUGUAAGGCUACAUGAACACAACAAAAGCAGGACAGGAUUGAUGUUGUGUCAGGCAUCUAUCUGCUACCAGGCAUUUCUUCUUUCUUUUCUUUCUCCGUUUAGGUCCAUGUGAUGAGGGAGGUGGCCACUAUGGCUCAGGAGAAACUAGGAGUGUCCUGUGAGCUCAUCGAUCUGCAGACCAUACUGCCCUGGGAUACAGAAACAGUUUGUAAGGUAAGGAAGACACGUGUAGCAUCACAAACGCCACAGCUCAGCCUCACACUCAGAUUCAAGGGAUUUAUAUAAGCAGAUACUCGACUACAGAUCCUAAUAAUUUGGCUUAAAUGAUACCACCACUGAAGAGCUGUACUCCUUCGGAACAAUUACACCUAAUCCUACUGUAAAUGUUUGGGUUGUGGUUCAGAAAUGUUCCUCUCUGGACUUAGUGGUCUUCUUUGGUGCAGAAUAAAUAAAAUCCCUUCAACAACUGGUAAGGCUCGAUCGCUAGUUUGUUUUGUCUCAGCUCUGAAGCAGGAUACAGUGCUCACCAAAACGAAAUAUUUGUUUGGAAGGACUUUGAGAAAGGAAAAGCUUUCCAGCGGGUACUCCAACCAUAUUUAUUUUGAAAUGGGAGAAGGCGCACGCAAUGAACAUUUUGGGCAGUAGUGGCAAAGACGGAUUCUUUCCUGGUAACUUCUGGCAAGUGUCUGUUGAUUGAACAGUGUGUGCAUCCUCUCCGCUCUCAUGACGCCUGUUUUUCCGUGGCCCUUGCACACAUCCCAUUCUGCCUCCUUGUCUCAACAUGCAGAUAAAAAUCCAAAUACAUUUUAAUUUGACACUUUUAUUGUCCAAUUUUUCAUGCACCUCUGGUAAGACAUUUAACUUUGUCAGCGAGCGCCAUGCUGCUGCGGCUGCCAAGCAAAUCUUUUAACCAACAGUUACUGCUCGGGAAAAAAUUGUGGCGUGUGUGUGAGAGUAGUAAUUUAAUAGGAAGUCAAUUGGAACUGAUGGCAGAGACUGAAGUAUUGUGCUGCCGCUAAACAGCUCACGAUUCAAAUGGAGCUGAUGUCAGUCUCAGAUAGUUUCUUCAAAGAGACUUUACAAGUGAAUGUGUAGAUUUUAUCUCUUAAAAUAGAGCCCCAUCAAAACAACUGCCAUGAAAUUGACGAGAGAUUUUAUGUGCCUCUCAACAGACCUAAUGCCAGGCCUGCCCCUUCAGGCUUGUCAGAAACAUCUCUUCUUGUCCUUUCCUCCUGCCAAACACCCUCUUGAAUGUCUGUCUGUAUUGAAAUUCCCAUAAACUAAUUUCCCCUCAGCACUAGUAUACAUGCAGAUAGUCUUCCCUCUCCCAGAUUUGGCAGUAGAGUCAGUGCAGCAUUAAACUGAUACACUGACGCUCACAAUCGCAUGAGUUUUUGCUGAUGUCUCUUUUCUGCUGGCUGAGCACAAAAACACCUUUUUUAUUUUUUUUAUAAUCAGGCUAUUAUCAAAUCUGAUUGAAGGCAUGGAAUUACCUCUGAGCCAAAUCAUGAUGCUUAUCACCCCGACUAAUGCUAUGGAAUGAGCGUUAAGGAUAAUUUAUGUUUUCAUUAAUCUGGUUCAUGUCGGCAAAUAUCCAGAUGUGCAUUCGUAGGGUGUCAAAAAUAAGUGGGAGUCCACUGUGCUGUUCAGGCUUGCCAUCACGAUUUAAGCAUCUUUACAAUAUAUGUGUCUAUGGUGUGUUAGAGGGACUGACACGUUAUGCUACUUCAAGUUCUGCCAAUAUUCAUGCUCUACCUUUCAAAAUGUUACUGAUGAGUUUUGGUUCUGAUGUGAGCCCUGGAGUCCCCCGAUAGAAACGCCUGCACACACUUUAUGCUAACAGCACCUAGUGUGUUACUAUUGCCUGUGCAUUCAGGCCCUUACAGUCAUGCUUACACAGAAAAAACUCAAAAGACAUGGAGACACAAGGCCUGCAUGACUUCCAAAGAAGUUCUCUCAUCGCUAAUUUAUCACAGAUUAUUCUAGAUUUAGCUGAUAGCUGGCAUUAGCUUAAUUUGGCUGCAUUGGAAAGUCUGACAUAAUACCAAAUCAAUCAUAAUUAUUGUGCAUUCUUAGCCAGAUAUAGCAAAAUACUCCUAUUUCUACACAUGGAUUUUAACCUCCUACCUUAUUUUAGUCCUAGAGUUACUAUUUAGUGUUUUAUUACUUUUUUUUAUUUGCUUUCUUUUAUUGUUUGAUUUCAAGACUGUUUUAUUGAAUUAACUUUUAACGCUUUAUUACCUUUAUCACAUCUAAUCAUGGUUUUAUCGCUUUAGUCCUUGGUCCAGUGUUUCCUCAUUGACACCAUGUCAUAAACCUCAGUAAAUAAACCGCAAAGAUUCGGUGAAGUCUUUUUGUAAAGUUUCUUAUAUUUUGACAAAUACAUUUUCUCUGGACCGCUGCUAUUCUUAGCCCCAGGGAGGGAGUAACCUGGACCUUGUGUCAACUCCUUAAUUCAAAAGAUUGUACACCUGGUGUCCAGCUUUUCCGGCAAGCACACACCUCAGUAAAGCUGGCCUUUUGUACCUCUUAUUAACUGGUCGUCAGAUGCGGUGAGUGUGCAGACAGAGAGAUAGGCCGCAGACACACAUCCGGCGGCUGGCAGCCAAUUAAAAUUUCCUGUGAGUCACAUUCACCUCUCGUAUCUUUCAGAUGAGGAUGUGUACACGUGUGUUUGAGUGUGUGUGUGUUAUGUGGCUUGCACAUUUAUAUGCAGCCUGCAUGUUGUUUUUGAGCCUGGAUAUUUAAAAUAAAUGGAGAAUGAUGUGUAUUUAAGCAUGAGCAAUCAUCAAGGCAGCAGAACAUGCCAUCUUUCUGUUUCCUGAGGGAUCCGUUCUGGCUGCCACCAACUAUACUUGGAUCUAAAUUUAUUCAACAGUCUCUCUGACAAAGGCUAUCAUGGGCGGAAAUUACUGUGAAUGUAGAGAAAAAAAGCGUAUUUUAUUUUAUCCCGCUGUCUAGAGCGGUCUAGUAAAUGUAACAGUUGAUCUUUAAGGGAUAAACAAAAUGGCUGGUUUACCUCUGCCAGACCAGCGGCUUAGAUGAUAUGCUGUGGGAAGUUGUGCAAUGGUCAGAGCACAUGUAGAGAUAUAGUUUUGUAAGAUGCUCAUUUAAGACGCUCUCCCUGCAAAAGAGCUUUGUGGAGCCGUCUGUAUGAGUUCGUCUUCACUCCCUGUAGUUUGAAGGCUUUUAUUUCUGUUCAGAUGUACAGUUAGCCAAUGUUUCUGUCCAGUCUUACCAGGAUCCACAUUUGACUGGCCUAAACCGUGCCGUUUGGCAGUAGUCAGGAAUAAGUCUACUCCCAUAUUAUUCAAUUAGUCCAAAGCUGCUGAUUCAGCCUCAUUCUCAAGUUUUCCAGAUUCUGAAUCCGGCUGGUGACAAAUCAGAGUAGCUCAUCAGGGCCAGUCAUGAGCAGUCAUUGGUAUUCCCCCAACAGAGUGGCUCCACAGUUCAUGAGCUCACCCCCCCAGUGAAAGUAAAUCAUGUCAUAUGACACGUCAAAGAAUUAUGCAUUAAAAAUGAUGGACUCAGCCUUUAUUCACCACAGGACAGUCCAUUAUUUACACUUAAAGGGAUAUUCCGGUGUAAAAUUAAGUUAGGGUCAAACACACCAUAGCAUUGAGUUAGACACCCUCACGAAAAAUGACUGCUUGCUUCUCUAGUUAUACCAACUUCAGUAACAACCGCACGAUAGCAAUACACAGCGGUCUCAAGAGCAAUGUUCUCAACCAAAAAGCCCCUCUACAGCCACAAAUAAUACUCAGAACAGCACCUUACUUCAUCAAUAGUACAUAUAGGGUCCCAGCCAUAGUACUAGCCAUCAAACAUCUUUUUAGCUUUGCCUAAUUUCUUUAGCAAAGAGACCAAACACAACUUUCCCAGUCUCUUCCAGCAGCCUCUUGUUCGUGGGGGAGCCCUGGCAGGUCGAUCACGGAGUGUAGCGGAUCAUUUCCAUGAAGUAAUAAUCAUCAUAAUAAUCAUUUUGCAUUGCAGAGGCGGUAGCUCUUCUGCCUUAGCGUCUCGGUCUGAUUGCAUUUACAUAAAGUAAUGAUCAUAAAUGUUCUUCCUUGAGCUGCAUAACUCCGCUGCACUUGGUGAUCGACUCGUCAGGGCUGCCCCACUUUUUGGUUGAGGUUUGCGCAUGGAGAUGUAGACCACUGUGUAUUCCUAUCCUGUGGUCUUGGUGAAGUUGUUAUAACUAAAGAGGCAAGCAGUUGGCAACAUUCAUCUCUUGUGGGGGUGUCUAACUUAGUGUGACCAUAACUUAAAUUUACACCGGAUUAUCCUCUUAAACUGCCUAAUUCAAACAUUACACUGAAUAGGCUGUGUACAAACCAGCUCCUGAAGAUUUGUGAAUUUCUGUUGUUUAAGUUCAAAAUGUUUCUUUUUUUUUUCACAUUCAAGUAAAAGUGAGAGCAUUAAUCCCUCAUCAUUUCUUUAUCACGGUGUAUGCACUAACCUGACAUAAAACAGUCAAAAGCUCACUGUUCUUCCAUCUUUCUCUGAUUGAUGUGUAUAAAGAGUGGAUCUUACAUCACUUACAACUCCACUCAAAGAUAACUCUUGGAGAUGGAGCCGGCCAAGGGGCUGUCACUGUAAGGAGCAGGGAAUAUAUUGUGUUUUUUACAGCCUCUGUUGUGUUGGUAUCUCCUAGUUACUCACUGGGCACAAAACUCUCGUCUGUCAUUUUCUCUUCUCGUCUUUAGAGUACCUCUGCAUUUCUCACUUGUGUAGAAUUUGUGGAUUCAUCCCACAGAUUUUUGUUCAAUCGGAGCACGGGGAAUUGCUAAGUUUGGGCUUGUCCUCACAACAGGUCUGUGCAAGCCUGUGAGUCCCAUCUGCUCCUAUAAAAGUCAUGAUCCAUCCAAAAUCUGUCUUUAGAGUUUUAAACACAUGAACCCUGUGGGCUUGAAAGGUGAUGUAGAAAGGUCUUGUUUGCUCCUUUUUAUUAGGAUCAGCUGUAACCGGAUUGGGUUCUCAGCAGUCCAUGAUAGCUCAUUUCUCCACUCUCUACUUAUAUGCUCAGUGUUUCACACCUUGUUUACAUCUCUCUGGCAAGACAGCCAAGAAACCAAAUUGUGCUGCUCUUUGAGACAUACUGAGACCCUCCAUGAAGACAGUGUGGACUGUUGUGGUGAAACUACUCUCUUAACUGGAUCUGUUUUCUGUUAUAAAAUUCUAGUAACAUCAUCAAACCAAAGUCCUUAUGAUCAAGAACGAGUUUAUCAAGCCUCACCAAGUCUAAUAUCUUGAACAACAGCUGCUUCGCCUAUGACUUCAGCUAUUGUUCAAAGCUGUCAAAAUUAAGACACAUCAGAGCUGUAUUUCAUCUCAUCAGACAGGCAGUAUGAAAUUCUGCAAAAUGUGCUGAGGGUCACAUUUUUGAUAUUGGGACAUCUUGAUGUGCAAAACCAAAUCAAACUGACUUCGUGCUCUCCUCUUUGAUAUGAUGGCUUAAAAGUCCCUGGUGUGCCUGGUAACAGUUUUUCUCAAGCACAUUGUCUUCCCUUGAUACCGUCUCUGGUCCCGCUGAAGUCUCUGUGAUGACUGGAUCUCAGCCCUCAUGGUGAUGCAACCAAUUUGGCUGAACCUGUUCAACCCUCCAAAAAACACAUGCAGGAGGAGUCAGUUGAGGACAAACAGUGCUCAAGAGCACCAGUAUCUCCCAGCGUAAAAAUAAAUCUCUGAAGCUGGAGACAGGCCGUGUUAAAUAGGUGGUUGAUAGAGAAGGAGGCGAUGUAUGAGUGAUAGGGAGGGGGGAGUAAAGGGGUGGGGGUUGCGGCAGCAUCUGUUGCGUUUCUUGGAAGUGAUGCAGGUGGCAAUGUCUGCGUGUUCUGAGUGCUCUUGCGUUUGUUGACUCUCUGUACAGAUAAAACCUCCUUAUCAAGCCCAUGCUCACCCCCCCCCCACUCUCUUUUAAUGGUUUCAAACUGUAAUGUGUUUCCACAGCCAAAGACAGCGGGUAAAUACAGCUUACAGGAGCAGGCGGCAGUCAGGCAGGCAGGACACAGGACACUCAGAUAUGUUUGUUUGCCUUCCACUGAGGUGGAAGAAGACAUUAAAGCACAUGGAGUCAGGGAGCCACCAGUGUUUUCUGCCUAGUGUCAAGUUCAGCGUGUAGUCCUGGUCCUGACAGCUGCGGUGGUUAUUGUUCUAAAUGCCACCUACGGUAAUUACAUAGAGUAAAUGAUCAGUCAUGUGCAGCUGCUAUGAAGAGACUUUAGCAGAGCGGUGCAAAACGGAGUGAUGGAAAAAAUGACAACCACACAAUAAUGUGGAAUAUAAUCAUUAAAAGGAUGAUACUUGAAAAACAUUUAAUUGUCUGUCUUAGCGCUGAGCUGAUCCUGGCUGACUUGGAUGGAAACAGCCCCUUGAUUAUGAUUCGAAACAGACCCUUAAGCAGUUUCUUUUCCUUACAUGUUCAGGCCUUAACCCCAACUUGAGUAUUUAUGACCGAAGACGUCCUAUGGCUGUUGAUCUCAGUAGGAAAACCAAACAAAGCAGAACCAUGCACUUGGUUUAUCCACAGCCCCCUUUUCCCUCAACCUUCCUGAACAUGUUUUGGAAAAAUUGAUCUAAUUUUGAAAUGUUUGAGUGUCAGAGUUAUUGAGGUAAAAUGAGCUCCCAAUUUUUUUUUUUUGAUCAUUUUUCCUUGAGGCAAGAAUCUGCCAAGGGUUUUUACAUUUCCCAGUUUUGACAGGACUGAUCUGCCACAUCUGGCAGCAGUGCUUUUAAUAACCUCAUAACAAACACAAAGAGUUUUCUCCAUUCACAGGAGACCCUGAGCUCAGUUACAGAGAAAAUGAUGUCAGCUUAUUAACAAUUCCAUAACUUAAGGCUUUUACUUUUUACUCAGAUGGUCAGUGGAAAAAAAAAAAUCAACAGACUCCUUGAAUUUUUCAGUUGUUGCAGAAGCCGGAGCAAAGCGACACAUUACCAUUUUACAAGGACUGGAUGCUUUCCUUAUGGCACCAAUUAAGAAGCCUGCUUUGACAUCUCUCACUGAGAGCAGCCUCAUUAUCCUUGUGUUUCAGCUACAAUCAUGCAGAGUUAUGAAAAUGUCUGGAGCGUAUCCAGUAAAGCUAGGAUUUUAAACGGCUGCAUGGAAAUACGUUGAAACAAGUCUGCUGCUGCUGCAGUGAAUGCUUACUCAAUUGUGUUAUUGCCUGUUGUAUAUCGAAGCGUCUGGAACUGGCAACAUCUCUUCUAAUGUUUGAGCUCCAGCUGCUGCUUCCAGUGAGCUCUGCAUUUGCAUGAAAGCCAACCACGGUACGUACAGUGAAAAUGAUGACCAGUUCUCUUGGCUUUAUUUUUGCCAAAAAAAAAAAAUAUGAGCCUUUAAGCUUGUCAUAGUUACAGUGAUAUAUAGUAGAGUGUCAAAUCAUAGCGAACAACAGGUGGCCUCCAGAUGAUGGUCUGCUUCCUUUUCUGCUCUGAUGCUAUCUAGAGGAACUUGUUUCCACGCUAUCGAAGAGAAAUGUAAUUCAAAUCUGAGCAGAGCUGCAAUAAAAUCUGGCUGUAAACCUGCCUUUGACAGUAGCCAUGGCACAGUUAGCCAGUGAGUAAGCCAGGGACAGUGAAAUUGUAACCAUAUGCGUUUCCGAUAGUCGAUCAGUUAUUGCAUUAAAAAAAAAAAAAAACAUCACUUCAAUCAAGAAAGUAAUAAAAUGGUAACAGGGACUCCCUAUCAAAAGCUGUAAAUUACUGCUGCUGAUUGUGGAAGCAAUAAAAACAUUCAAAUUAAGUUUCAGCAGGUCGCGGAUAUAACUCUGCAGUAACCCUUAAACUUCAUAAUAUUAAAAUCCCUAUUCUGUCUUUAAAAACAUAUUUGUGAUAUGAGUGACUUUUUUAAGAUACAUAAGAAAUUUUGAUGAAAAUCACUAUGCAGGACUGUAUCAAAAAAACACGACACUGCAGAGAUGAUGUGAUGUCAAAAAGGACUGAGUGCAUCAUCUCUAUGUCAUCUUUCCCCACUCAAAAAGUCGAGUUGUGUCAGGUAGUGGUUCAUCAUUGAUUUGAUUGACCUAUUAUUGAUUGGCUGUAAAGUGAUGAAAAUAGGAAUGUCCUGAUCCAAUAUUGACAUUGGAUAUAAUCCGAUAUCAGCAAAACAACAAAUAUCGGAUUAUAUUGGCCUGCAUCUAAAAUCUCUGAUACCAGCACUCAGAUACAAGCAGUCUCUUUCAGACUACGCUCCAGCACCUCUAUCUAGUAGUGUUGGGAUUAUACAUGCAGAACCCACGUAAUCACAACAACAGUGUUUACUAAGGUACGAACAAAGUAGCGAGAAGUAGGAGUCAUGUCGGCAGUGUGGCAGUGUUUUGUGUUAAAGUCUGAAAAGACGUUGCAACUGAGUGAAAAGCUUGUUAUGCACAAUCUUGUGCCAAUAACGGAUCAAUAUCGGUUUCAGCCAAUACUGAGGGCUACAACAUCCGUGUCGUAUUGGAAGUGAGAAAGUUGUAUCGGGACACCCCUAUAUGAAAAUGCACACAUGCAGAAUGUGAAGUAGAUAUCAAAGAUGGACAUUAACUGUCCUAAAACUUACACUUGUGCCUGUCUGGGGUCUCAAAGCUCUCACCGGCAUUUGGCCAUUACGUCCAAGCAUCCAACAGCAGUUUUUUCAAGUGUGCUGUCAGGAUGUCAAACAUUUUUAAACUCAACAGAUGAAAAUUUUCCUAAAAGACCGAUUGUCUGCAGCUCGGGGGGAACAUGCUAGAUAAUUGUUGUCCUUUUUUUUAAAAGGACAAAUGGUUCCCGGCAAAAACAUACCAGAUGCUGGGUGUAGAGGAAAGCAGAUGUAAAGCCUUGGAUGAACUGACUGUACAUUCAGUCAGUUUUAUUGGGUCAAAUGGAAGGAGAUUCCAAAGUGGGCUGAAAGUCCACGUACAAAACUGUCACUUUUCUGACACCUUCUGUUCAAAACCUCCUUAAUCAGAGGGAUUGUGAGGCCACGGUUUUGGCAACCACAUAAAUAAGACCUGAGAAGACACCCACCAGCGAGCAGACUCAGCCUUUAUCUGGAUUUCUGGACUGGAGUGGGGCCAGGGAUGGGGCAGGCAGCCUGCUAGCGAUUAGCACGCAGACAGACCGGGCUCAUGCUUGUGUUUCCCUUUCAGUUAAAGGGUCUCAGCCAGUAUCUGCCCACAGGCCCACCACAUCAAUCCUAAUAUCUUUGGCCUACUGUCACACAGACACACAAACUGGAAACAAUAAGAGAAGUAAAGUGGCCAGAGGUUUGGAGCCCACUCUCCACAUUCUUAUUAUCACAGCCCAUGCCUGUAAUUACAGUGUUAGCACCGCUCUCUGCAGACUGAGCCCCUGAAAAGAAAGAAAACAUGCAGGGCGAGAGAAAGAUGGAUGAAGACUGGAACCCACUGAGGGGGAAUUAGGAAAAGAGGGGUGUCAUGUGUGUGUGUGUGUGUGUGUGUGUGUGUGUGUGUGUGUGUGUGUGUGUGUGUGUGUGUGUGUGUGUGUGUGUGUGUGUCAUUUGGUGCUGCAGCAGAAUCAGUGGAAAAUUACUCAUGGUGUUUUUCAGUGAUGGAUCCAGCUUCUCCUCUGUCCUGGUGUAGCUGGUGAAAAGUAUGGCGUAAUGCAAAACUGCAAAAAUAAGAGAACCUUAACUGGCACUUGAGUACUUGCCAUUCCAAUACCAUCAGUAGAUUCAGAAACUGUGGGGUAAUGACAGCCAUUUGUGGUUUUCAAAGAACUGUUAAUGUAUAUUAGUCUCCUCUUGCAUCCUGUCCAAUCCUCCCACCCCCUGCUCGACUGUCUGCUACUGACUUCUUUUCCAUCCUUCCUCCUGGCAGCGACUCGGGCUGAAAUUCCUCAGCUAGGCAGUGAAGAUUUCUCAAAUUCUUCCCAGUGUCACUCACAGGAGAAGUGUUGCCAAAUUCAUGGUUACCACAUUGAAAAUCCCAUAAGCCCCUAGCUCUGAUGGAUGUUAAGAAACAGAUAUCAUUGUUAUUCUGUAUACUCUAAGCAAUGGUUCUUCCUGUUUGUAGAAAAGUUGAAUAUAUUUGGCUUAACAGGAUUUUACUACCGUACUGUUAUUGCAUCAAUAAUAUUUUCUGUUAUGUAACAAAGCCUGAGACCCUUUAAAUCGGAUUGGUGGACGCUUAAUUGGGCUAGGUCUUCAGUUUUCCACUGCAGAGGACAGCUUAGUAGAGAAGCCUUGGCCAGAGGUGUGGGCAGAUUGAGAUCAUUGAGGUCUGCCUGUAGGCCGAUAGCAGAACUGUAAAGGAGAGGAAAAGGCAGAGUGUUUGAAGUCACAAGGGCACAGAGACAUCCAAGAGGUCUGCUCAGACAUAACACACCACCAGAUAAUCUGUUGCCCCAGGGUUUGCCAGGUCCUUUUAAAUGUUAGUCAUGAAUCAUGCAGCCAGUUACGUAAGCUGAAACAAACCGAGAAAGUAAAACAAACAAAGUAGCAUCAAUCUCAAACUGAAGUUUCAACGUUUGUCCACACAUCAGCUCCCAAGAUAAGAGGCAGCAUAAUUACUAAUGUGUUCCCUUUAUGUUUUAACUCUGUUAACUUUUAUUUCAUCUCUCUCCUCCCUGUUUACUUUUUGACUUCACUUCUGAGUUCACAGUUGGCUCACACAGAUGUCUUUUAAACCAAAGGGGCUGACUUAGACUGGUCCUGAAGCCAGACCAUUCGGUUGGUGGCCACUGGGCCAAGUCAGACUCCAAAUCAACCUCUGAGUCACCCCAACACAACCCAAUACUGGAAUUGAAAAAAAAUAAUUGAUUUGCACUUACAGUGUGCGUGAGAACAGCUUGUGAGUGAGCCAUCUUACUUCAGCCCUAUCUUUGUUGAGUGUUGUGCUGUACCAGUAGGGAUGAACGCUUUUCCAAAUGUCCACACAAGAGCUUAUUGAUUUGGUUACCUGCAAGCUCCAAAUGCAAACCCCACGUGCCUCACAGCAGCUCUUGAACAGAGACUUACAACCCCAGUGCUAGUCUGCACAGCCCAGCAGAGAGCUCAUGACCCCUCAGAGGGUCACGGAUCUUGGGGAAGAAGAGGCAGCCAUUCACCAGCUCUAAAGUAGAGGGAAAUGCAUGGGUAAAUGUAGGUAGCGCUGCUUAGUGUGACUACUUACUACAUCAUAUGACUACAGCAGAUCUCUGUAUCGAGUCUUCAAGAUGAGUUAAUUCCUCGUAAAAUUUAGUUUAGUUUUUUUUUUCCACUUGGAGUGAUCAAACUUUGAAGUCUAUUACUGAUUCCAUCAGAUCUUCAAUUUCAAUCAUGUAAUUGCUGAGUUAUCUGCUGCUUCUGCACACUGAAUGUUUUGUGAAGGUAUUGUCAGCAGUUCUUUAUUUUCCUUCUGAACUAUGAAUCCAGCCACAGUGAUGUCAUAAAAACCUGACUGUCCAAAGUCAAAGAAACAGGUAGCAAACAGGAAAAAAAUAAAAUAUAAAUAGAUAAAUAAAGUUCUUCUUAUCUUAACAUCUUAGUGAUUCAAAUCAUGACAUAAAUGAAUACACAUCAAAAUAAUUUAUGCUUGAUAAUACACACAAAGUAUUUCAUAUAACAGCAGCUUUUUUUUUUUUAAUGAAUCUCUGUGGCUGUAAGUAAAAUCACUGCUCUGUAUGCUUCAAGGACCCUGAUAUUCAAAUGCAGAUGUGCUUGGAGACGCAAUAAGUAUAAGAAAUGCAACAUCCAAGUCCCUGGCAGUCUGAGAUGAAGCUUUAAACCAAAUAGGCUUUUUUUAUGCCACCUGUUUUUUUUGUUUUUUUUUCAUUCUUGAAGUGUUUAUUUUCAGAGUAUGCCAGGUACCAAGCUGAAUUAAUAUCCGGAAGGUUUCAUUUUUAAGCCUUUAGUGCACUAACCCAAACAAAAUAGAAAUGUAUUUUGGAUAACUUUUAAUGUAAACAACUUAAGGAGACAAAUUAACACAUUUUCUCUCCCAACUAGGACAUACGAAAUUCAACAAAAUAUUUAUUUUUCAUAUUUGACAACAUCUUGAUUCUGUUUUUUUUUUUUUUUAUUUAUGGCCAAAACAUGGCCGAAAGUGCCUAUUUGGCAACUAGUUUUCCAUGUCACUAUUAAUUAGUUGACCAAAGCUACUCAUCAUCCUCAUCAUCAUUGAAGAGAUCUUCUAAAUUUCCUCCAUUUCCAGCUCUUCAUCCUCAUUAUUUUCCUCUUCACCCAUACUGCAGCCCUGUCAAGAGCUGCCUGCUCGUUUGACUCUUCUCUCUGAGCCAGUAAGUCCACAAGAGAAGGAGAGCGGAAAGGUCCAAUUGUCCAAACGGGUUCGAACAUCUCCUCCUCUCCUAUCUUCUCUAAGUCCAUGCCUGGAUUAUACAGUUUGAGGCUCUCCAUUAUUGCCUUGUCCGCUCUCUUAUAGCCGGACACUCUGUAAUCAGCACACAGUAUGCAGUUGUUAUAUUAACUGUCACUGUUAACUUUUUCCAUCUACACUAAAAGAAGAAGAAAUCAUGCUCUGAUAUACUUUUUUUUGCCCAUAAAACAGCUAGAAUGGAUAACACAUACACAAAAUCCACUUAAUUUCACCCCAAAUAGAAAUCUGUGCAAAACUUCCAGUAACCAGAUUGUCAUAGAUAAUUAUGCCUCUCCAGUCCUCACUGUCACUUUCACUUGUUCUCCGAGCUUCAUUUUUUACUGGAUGAUGGGAGCCAGCUGCAGUGGCCCGCGUGCUCCUGUUGAAAUUUGACUAGUACUGGGACGCAUUAAACAAGUUUCCUGUGGCGGAGGUUUGUGACGUGCUGCAGCGGGUGGUUGUGUUAGUUUUCUUCUUCAUAGCUAGGACAUAUUAUUUUGUAUCUUGUGGUGACUUUAAUGAAAUUCUGAUGCCAUCCUGUGAUGUUACUGCUGCUGCAAAUUUUACUUAGUACCUAUUUUUCUUCAUUGCUGUUGUUUUUACUCCUUUUAACACUGCAACACAAUGGAAUGAACCAUUUUUCACAACCUGACAUUGUAUUAUUGUGUUGGCAAAAGUGUGUCUUUAAGGAGCCAUUACGUACAGGGAAAGUUGAACUCAUGUAUUGAUGCGGGAACAUGAAUGCUCUCUCCAGCACUAUCAGCUGUUUUGUUGUGUUUAUGAGGCAAUGACAUGAAAAUUGUACGAUAAGAAGAGUACUUGUCAUCAUUAUAUAAAUGUACCACAGCACUGCCAAAUAGUACUGAUAUUAACUUUCAAACAUUUCCCUAAGGAAAGCAAUAUUGGCUUACUGGUUUAAGGUCAUAAUUUACACAGAAACACACAAAAAUACAAUAUGGAGACCGUCAACAACAGAUCAAUACACCAUGGAAAAAUACUUGAUGGAUCUUAACUAUGACCAAAUAUCCCUUUGGGGAUCAUUAAAGUUCAUGUAUUAUUAUUGACAGAGAAGAAGAAAUGCUUAAUGAGAAAUGGUAGUUUUAUAACUAGUUUAUAAUGUAGUUAAAUAAGAAACGCUAUUAAGAGCCCCUGUAUUGAAUUUCCCUACAUAAAGUUCUUCUUCUUCUUCUUCUGCUUCUUCUUCUGCUUCUUCUUCCUCUGCUACUUCUUCUUCUGCUAUUUCCUCUUCUGCUACGUCUUCUGCUUCUUCUGCUACUUUUACUUCUGUAGAAAUAUAUAGCCAUAUCUAGCGGUCAGACUCUGGAAGUCUGUGACCAUCUCCUUUGUCUUUGAGGUGCUGAGGAGGAGGCAGUUUUUGUGACUCCAGUCACUGAGGGCUCUUAUCAGACCUCUGUAUUCAGCUUCUUGUCCAUUUCUGAUACAGCAGUGUCAUCUGAGUAUUUCUGGUUGUAGCAGGACUCAGUGCUGUAUUUGAAGUCUGACGUAUACAGUGUGAACAGGAAUGGCGCCAGCACUGUCCCUUGUGGAGCCCCUGUACUGCUCAUUAAUGUCCCAGAAACACAGCUCCCCAGCCUGACAAUGGAGGUAUACAGUAUAGCAUGGUGGUACAUAGUGGGGUUAUCUGUGGAAGAGGACCUGCUGCUGUGUAAAUAAAAAAGCCUCAUAAUCAAAAAUCGGUAUGCUAAUUGAAACACGAGUUCGCAUGUAAUAUUCCUUUUCCCUGCUGGAGGUGACCAAACACUGUGUACUGUGCCUUUAAGGCAUUUUAUUUUGUAGGGACAACAGCUAAAAUGACCUUCUCCCCUCAUUGCUGUGCAUAGCUGUGUACUUUUAUACAGCUUUGCUGCAGAUGCACCAGCAGUUUCUCCUCUGCUGUUCCUGUUUAAGAUACUCAAAACAUUUUUUAUUUUACCUCUGUUACUUUAUCAGAAAUGUGUUUAUGUUAUUCUGCUCAUGCCAUGUGCUUCAUUCUUAGUCAUAAUUAGAUAGAAGUAAGGUGUCCUUACCAGAAAAGGUCACUGUAGAUAAGGACUGUACUCCCUCUGAGACUUUCUUAGGAAGUCCAACAUUUAACAUUUUUACUGCUCUGUGUCUCAAAUUCCAGACUAUUAACUUUAAAUUCUAUAUAAUCUGACUUUAUACAGGUUAUCCUGCUGAGCCCCCCCCCCCCUUAACAGAAACAGUUUGUAAGUUGCAUUCACAGAAACUACGCUUUUGUUAUGUUACACACUGUUUUAUAAAGCCAUUAAAAGUGUCUGAUUAAAUUUUACCACCUCUCUGUGUGCUCACACAUGCAGUGGGAAGUUCACAAAGAGCUGUCAUCAACUUUGAGUGUGUGCAGUAGUAGCUGUGGGUGUGUUUGUACACACUGAUGCACAUGCAGCUGUACUGUGUGGUAGCAGAAAGGUAGCGUGUGUGUGUGUGUGUGUGUGUGUGUGUGUGUGUGUGUGUGUGUGUCAGGGAGUAAUUGAGAUGAAUUGGUUUUAAUGGGUCUUUAUGGGAUGUUUGGAGUUAUUUCUGUCUGAGGUCUCCUCUGGCGUCCUGGCUGCUCUGGAGGAUGGCUUGGCCCUCCGCCCAGCAUGGAGGCUGUUCUACACUUUCUCCUUUUGCACUCUCUCUCUCUGUCUCUCACUCUCUCUCUCUCUCUCUCUCUCUCCUGGUUCUCACUUUCUCUCACUCAGUCAUGAGAGAGAGAGAGCGAGUGAUUGUAUGGCACCGACAGAGUGAGUGAAUGUUUGUGUUUCCUCCCACCCUGCCUCUGUCUCAGCGCUGUGAUUUAACAAGGCCUCCGGUUCGCCGGGUGCUCACCCCUCUCCGCUAAUCGCAGAGUGCCACUUUAAAGGCCCCAGCAAGCAGUUGAGCCUUGUCCCGACUCUCAUUUGUCACGAAGAUCACAUGGUGGCGCAUGAGUUAGGACCCUGCGGUGGCCGCGCAAUUACAGGGUCGGCAGAAGGGAGCGAAGCCAGCGGCAAGGACGACUCCUCGGUGGCGGCACUGAACUGAACUUUCUCUUCCUGUCGCGUUUUUGAUGGACGGCCUGAGGAAAGAGGAGGCAUAAUAUAUAGGAAGGCGGGAGUUGCUCUCAGUUGUGUGUGUGUGUAUGCCGAAAGGAAGAGCAAAGCAGGUUUAGAUUUUUGUCAUCACCACUGUUUCUGAAUAAAUAUCCACCAAUCUAGUCGCAAAAAAAUACAGAUCCAACAAAUAAGCGUUGGCAACUUCCUCUGGAAAGACUCCUGCAUGUGUUUUGAAAAGUUUGAAGGCACAGUAUGUGAUUUUAGCUGCAGUCAAACCACAGCCAAGUUUAGCUUCAAGUAUGGACUUUUUUAUUCACUUCUCUGUGUGCUUUCCCUUCAAUAUGAGUUAUUACUCAGUGGGAAAUUCAUACUUUUUUAUAAUAUGUAUUUAUAUGACAUGUGAUUGCUGUACUGUAUUGAGUCCUUGUUAGUUCUAGUUUGGUACAGGUCUCAUUUGGAUGAUUAUUACAGCAGCAGUUUAAUGUCCAUGUCAAAUUAUUUAAAUCAGUUAAUGUAUGAAAGACGGUGUGUUCACGCACAUGUGGGUAUUCCUUGCUGAUGUUGCUGCGUGCUGCAUGAGCUUAUGGCUCCCAUCAUGCCUGUGUGUUUAUCUGCAUUUAUAUGUCAUGGGAGAGUGACAGUCAUGACCUUAGCCUCUGAGGCCAUGCCAGGUCACUGGCCGUCAGCCACUGAGCUCUGAGGCCGCAUAGUGGGGAGCGCCGGGACCAGGAACACAGCUCUAUGACGGCGAAGAAAGAAAAAUGGAAGGUUUCGGAGAUGGAUGGAAGGAGAAGCGAUGAGAAAACGAGGAUGAGAUGAACCGCAGGAUGAAGUAACGAUGGAGUCAGGAUGAAAGGAGAGAGGGAUUAAAGUUGUCAGGAAUGGGGUGAAUGCAGGAGGACCAGCUCCGUGCUGCUCAUUAGGUUUGGGUGUGUAUGGGAAUGGCAGUAAACAUGACAUUUGUCUUGCAGCCAGUGGAACGACUUCUGCGUCUAAUGACAGCCCUGCUGCACAAUGAGCAGUAAAGCUGCAGCCACCAGAGCUGUCACCCAGCCCAACUACCACCAGCCGCCACCAACAAGGGGCCAGUUUUACUCAGCAGGGAGGAGGCUGCUGUAUCAAGCAAACAGUUUGCUGGAGUAAGAAGCUGGUUUGAUAAACAUAGAACUCUAUUUGAGCUUUUAGGAAAGUGCUGUAAUCAGAGUUUUCUCUGCAUCCCUGCCCAUGUCUUUUGUAUGAUCCUGACACUUGAUUAAACAAAUUAUAUUAGUCAGAAAUUUAGAAUUUGACUUCUUUCCUCCGAGUUGGAUGCUGCAUGGAUGCUGCAAUUACAACCUUAUCUUCUGAGAUUUACAUUGGCAUGUGUCCACCCCCCCACUGGAAUGAAACUGGUAGCAUUGAGGUGAUGCCACAGUGUCCUAGCCGGCACUUAAAUUGAGCACGGCCCUUGGGUGUAUCCUUGUUUUGUCGUGUAAUUAUUGUCUGGGAAAUUUUAAGUAGUAAAUGACAAGUUCACUAAUUUAUAGCCUGACUUUCUUGGGAGAUUGUUAGUUUUUCUCAGAUGCCUAACAGUGUGAGGAAACUUUCAAAGCUGAUGCUUGACUUUAGGAAUUCAGGAAAAGUGAAGCAGAGGAGUCGCAGUGCAAAUCAAAAUGUGAAGAAAAUAGGAUCAAGAAAUGGUAGAGCGGCAGUACUGCACAGUUACCGUUUUAUUGAAAUUGCACAAUACAGAAUCUUCACAACUUUUGUUUUCAUUUCAUUGGUUUCUAAAUGUCUGUUUUUUUGUGCACAUCCAAAACCUACCAGUCUUCCACUCUUACCAGUUCUGUUAAAGUCAUGAAAUUCUCUUUGAAAGAGCUCUCUUUCUCAGCUGCAGAACAGCAUCUAUUUAAAGCUAGACACAUAUUCAAGGCCUGUCUAGGCUCACUCCUUAAAAUGUCUUGUCUCCUUUUUUUUUGCCACUGGUGUCCUUUUUUGCACUGUCAACCUUUUUCCUCUGUCUCCCUCUACCUUAAAGUGGUGCUUCGGCUGCCAUUUACUUUGGACAAAGAGGAAGCGGUUUGAUUCACAGCAACUCGGUUAUAUUAACUCAUCAUGCAUGAGCAAAAGUAUCACCAAGACAUCAGCCCUCUCAGCAAUCUUCCUGAAGCUUUACUGAUGGAUAUAAGGCACAGUUAACGGCUAGAGCUGUUGUGGUACACCAGAACUGACAAUAACCUUCUUUUAAUGAAAAUGAAAGACUGAUAUCAUGCCUAAACCAGCAAAACAGCAAAACUGAGGAACUAAUUGAUUCAUAGUGGGGGGGCGGUAGUGGUUCUGUAAGCUGGUUGCCACCCACCACAAAACAGAGAAAAUGAAGGAGCAGCAGCCAGCUGGCUGCAGCAGCCUUCGGAAAGAUGGUUAGAUGCUUUUAAAAAUGGAUUUUCAGGAUUUAAUGAGAAUCUGAAAGAAAAGUAACAGCUCGUGCCUCUUCCACAAGUGCUAAAACAACAUUUAUACUUAUUAAAUUGUCUUUUUAGCUGUUGUCGAUCAGCAUAAAUAGCACACACUUCUCUGAAAAAAGCAUUUUGAGAGUUAAAAUGUCAAAAUAAAAGUAUCCUGUUGUGAAUCAACCUACAGUCUAAAGAAGUUUGCUGUCACAGGGUUGGAGAUGCAGAUAAAGAUAACUUGAAGUAUCAUUAGAAAUAAAUGAUGUCAGUAACUUAACUGCAUGUAAACAUGUUGAAGUUAAGCGUAGCUCUGACCUUGUCUUUUCUUCUUCUUCUUUUCUUUCUAAAUAUCUGUAUAACAUUUUCAUCUCUAUCUUAUUUUUUGCCAUCAUAAUUGUAAGCUGAAUAAUACCGACAUGCCUUGCACACGCCGUAUACACGUCUGUUUUCUUGAAAACAUCUAACUGGUCUUCUCCUCAAAGUGUUCGUUGAACUCCCUGACCCUCUAUUGUUGUUCUUGAGGAAACUGCUUUUGCCCAGCUCUGCUGGCUUUAAGGUGGCCGUCAUGGUCGAAUAAGACAAGUGAGUGACUUUAGAGAAAAAGGUCAAACCACUCAUGAGAGCGAACGGUUCUUUCUUCUGAAAACCAAUCCAGCAUCCGGAAGCUGCUGGGUUAAAGGCUACAGCCACAAUUACAGCGUUGGCUUCAGUGUGUUGUCACAAGCAGAGAUAUAAAAAUGACUUUGUGUGUGUAUGUCUUUUUUGAAACUGUGUGUUAUUGUAUCUCAGGCAGUAAAGUGAGUUAGAAUAAAAGUUGAGCAUUUGAGGUCUGAGUCAGCCCGUGUGAGUGACAAAAGCUAAUACAUUUUGUCCCAACUCAAAAUCCUCUGUAUGAUUUUCAAGUUGUACAUUUGGUUUUCAACGAUGAAGUCUGAUGACUGCGGUUUUCCUCCUGCCUUCUGCUAUAGCUCCACACUGAGGUUGGAGUUUGUGGUUUUGUGUCUGCACAACUGUUGUAUGGAUUGCCAUAGACUGGGUCACACAGAAAUCUGCAAUGCCCUUAGGUAAACUGAAAUAUGAGCAUGCUGCAGAUGGACACGAGCAUCUGAGUCCAUGCAUAGCCUCAUUCUUCUGCAGCACGGUCACACAGCCUCACAGAUCUUUGUGCAUCCAGCAUUGUAGCUAGUUUGUGGCUGUGCUCUGUAGCAGACCUGUGCUUCUUUGAAAACUGUUGUGGCACAUUAGGGCUGUAGCAGCUUCAGAGAGACCACAGGAGCUGGUUCUGAUGUCGUGGACCAUGAACCCCUGCACAAUUAAAAACUAGAGUUAAUGGUGCCAAUGCUUUAAUCGCAAUAUGAUUCAAGUGCAUUAUUUUUUAAUUGCAUGCUAUUUUAUUUCCCCUUCAUUACCCUGCAGUACAGCCAUGGCUGUGUCUCCCCGUGAUGGAAAAUGACUUACACCAUUGUGCUUUAUUGAAAGGCACAUCCACCCUAAAAAAACACUCUCUCAUGGCCCAUUUGAAACGUCACAAGUAAUAUGCAUAACAGAUAGAAUAAAAACAUCAAACAGGGGUUUUGUUUGAACAGACUGUUACUAGCUAGCACUGCAUCACCAUAGCUGACAGAGUGUGCACAUUGCUGCUGACCUGUGGCUGAAAAAUCAAAGAGGUUAACAGCCUGCGCUAAAUCAGUUGCAACCGUUUGCAAAUGUCUAGUAGUGAGGUAGAUUUGGUUCUAUGUGACUCCCUCAGGGAGGCAUGUUGAUAAAUCAGGGAAAUAAUGGUUUUAUACAUGCAGGACCCGUAUGACACAGGAAGCAUCCAAACCAGAACUCCUGAGAAGUGCGUUUAUCGCAUUUACAAGCAAUCAGGAGACAUCAGUAGGUUAUAAGAGUUGUCUAGGGAUACCUGCACAUAAUAUAGACACUGAUUGCACAUUUGGUACAUGCACUGCAUGUUUAAUAGUGUUAUGCUCAGAAUAUACUCUGAUCUCCUGUUAGUCAUUGUAUCACAGCACACUGGUGCAGUAGUGCUGUAUUUAUUUAAAUGGUGAAUCGAAGAUUCAGGAGCAUUAAGAGUAUUCAUCUGCCCUAUUUGGUUUUCUUGUUCACAUAGAGCCUGUUUUGAAGUGCAGAAAAAUGACAUUUCAAGCUUGCAAUUAACAUGAGAUGAAUUAAUAAAGAAACCAUUCGAAAUUCCUCAUAAACUCUAUGGGUGGGAAUCACUAGUGACGCCACGAUACGAGAUAAUCACGAUACUUUGGCCAUGAUAUGAUAUUAUUGCGAUUUUUAACGUUUUGCAAUACAGUGAGUAUUGUGAUACAAUAAGUUGCAAUUUACAGAAUUUUUUCAACUGUUAAGCUAAUCAAGCAUUUGACUUUCCUUUAUGUUUUUACACUGUAACUUAUUUUCAUGUAGCACAUCUGCCAACCUUACUGGACAAACAGGUGAUUUUAUUUUUCCAUAAUCAUAGAUUUGACUUCAUAUUAGCAAUUAAUUUGAAAAAUUGAUACUUGGUAAAUAAGACAAUAGGAUAUAUCACCAGACAAAAUAUCGCAAUUCUAUGCUGCAUAGAUUUUUUUUCUCCCACCCUACUAGAUGUCAUACAAUUCAUGUUUAACAGUGCAGCAGCUGUUACACUCAAACAUGUAAAGACUCACCGUUGCACAGUGAGAAAAUGUCAGUGAUUUAUCAAAACAUUUAAAACUAUUCUUCUCCCUGACUGAAAAUCAGCAACUUUUUCUCUUUUUAUGGACCAGGUUACCUACUGUACCAGUGCAUGCAGUGUCACUUUGCUGUCCCAGACAUUACAGCAUUUUACCAUCUUUUAAGCACUUUGUCAUAUUACACACUGGCACGCAGCACGACUUCAGCACUUGAACCAGUUCAUGGCAGCCAGUGGGCUUUGCCAGGACUGUCACCUAUGUUUAAGCUACAGGAUUUUAGGGCAAGACUAUUAACUGGGUCAGGAGUUUUCCCCAGGCCCCAGAGUCUGAAAUUCUAUCCCACGAUAUUAUAAAAACAGCGGCUGGCUUCUUUGUGUCAGAAGUAUCUGAAGAAUGCACUCCUGUUGCAGCCGGUGCUACGGUGGCCAUUCCCUCAGAGAGAUGAUCAACAGGGGUAUUAGGUGAUGCUGGUGUCAUGGUGCAAAUUGGAUGUUGUGUUAACACGGUCUUUGUGUGUCCCUGCUUGUGUCAAGUGUGUUCGUAAAACGAGGAAUGGGUUCAGCGUCAGGGUGAGGUUGAAGAUUGGAUAGCGCCGCACCUGUAUGAGUCAUCACGCCGAGACGAACCUCACAGCAACAUGUCACAUCAAGACAUCGCCCUCCUCUCAACCCCCCGCUUGAUUCCUUCUCACUGUGCAGAUUGUCAACUGUUGUUAUUGUCUCUGAGUGUUGCUGUUAUCUUCCACAUUCCUGAACAAAGUGUCAUAUGAUCAGGGAUUUUUGCACGCUGAACUCCCUCACCUCUACUGGAAGAGUAUUACUUAAUAUAUGUCCUCUAUAAACUAAAGUAAGAGCUGAAUUUAGCUUUUCUACAGCAAUGUUGGAUUAAUAAAUGUAUUUUUCCAGCUUCUAAAUAGCCCAAAUUCUUCAGGGAGAGGCAUGUAGGUGUAGCUUCUUGUAUAAGAAUCCUUGAGGACAGUGCUGAUUUAGUAAGCCCCCAAUCCCGGUGUGUAAUAGUGGUGCAGUUUUCCAGUUAUUCAGUCCUCACAGCCAAACCUAGGACCUCAGCAAUGCAAACAUUUGUCUAUUUAGCAUCAGUGCCACCUAGUUUAUAGUGCCAUAGAGACAUGUGAUGCUUAAUUUUAGCUGGUUUAUGGUUUCGAUACAGCAGCUGUUUGACUUGGUUUGUGGCUUUGAGGAAGGAGGGAGAGGUAUCUCAUAUUUACCCCCCUGUGUUUAAAUUAGGAGGUUUAAGUUUCGUGUUAAUAUUUCAGUGGAAAAUCUGUGUUUAGGGAUUCCACUCACAGAUGCAAAAAAAAAAAACAAGCCUGUGAAGACUGUGCAGUGGAGAGGAGAGCUAUGCUGAAGUUGCAGAGAACAGACAUAGCUUUGGUCUGGACCAGUGGCCAGUGGAUGAGAUUAUAGUAUGGUAUCGGUUUUAUGCUGUGCAAGAUAACGGGUGGAGCAGAGGCAUCCUUCUGCAGUAAUGUCGGGUUACAGAAAACCCAAAUGUAAAAUCUUGGGAGUCCAAGACCUCUAAUGUCCAUGACUGUCCCGUUGGCCCUGAGUACCAGCCUAAAUCAGCCCUCUACAGCUCAUACAGAAGUGUCACAGCCAUUUUGUACAUGCACACACACGCAGGGACACAGCUGCACACACAUGUAGCCAGUGAAUAGUAACCAGAUAUAGAAAACCGCAUGCAGUGUGCAAACCAAACAGCCUUGGUAACACCCGUCUGCCUGGACAAGUGCAGCCUAAACAUGGCACCUCUGGUAGCUGCGGUCUCACCUCUGCGGAGCUUUGCGUCGCAGCAAACUACAUUAUAUAUCUGAUAGUGACUUUCUGAAGCAUACACAGAAAGUUUUUUGCUUCUUGAACGAACAAUCUAUUCUUUUACUGUUUUCACCCCCUGGUUAUGAUGAGCCCUAAUGUGCAUGAGUCAGCCGACUGUUAUAGUGUUGCUGCUAAUGCUGUUGCCGACCGUAUCAAUGAAAAGUAUAGCUCCCUUUUGAAAACCAUCUGUAUUUGUGUUUGUUUUACAGUCAGUGGUGAAAACCGGACGUCUGCUCGUCAGUCAUGAGGCACCAGUUACUGGAGGCUUUGCUGCAGAAAUCAGCUCCACAGUACAGGUGAGUGUGUACCGAAAUGUAAGGAGACUGUAUUUGAUGAUUUUUUUAUUGGGAUCUGUUGCACCCAGGGGUGGGAGGAGGUCUUCAAAGGUAUUGAACUUAAUAGGUUGCAAUGGUUUUGUCAAUAAAAGCCCAACUUUGUAAUAAAGUUAAAAUAGCCUUUCACUGAAUGCCCCAGAGCAGUGGUUUUAAAACCGGGAGGCGCGUCUCCCCAUGAGGGUCGGGAGAGUUGAAAGGAAGCACAGAGGGAGAGAUGUGAAGCAAGGGUACUGCGUUAAAUGAAAAGGAAAGUUGAAUUCCUGUGUUAAAAAGUAAGUCACUGGUAAUUUUGUUGUUGCAGACCCCUAAUUAUUACUUUGAACAUCACCGGAGCUAUCCAGUAUCUCACGAAAAUCUUACGAAAAUACCUGACUGUGACUGCUGAUAAUUAACAUAGACAUGACAUUUAAACUUCAUUAUCUCAGAUAAUCAGGUGUUCUCAGGACUAUUUUGUGGUGCGAAAGGCCAAAAUAUGAAAAUAUACAGGGCAUAAAUCGAAGUUCAGAGUUUUGAAAACUGAAAGAUGUAGGAAGAGCUGCAGAAUUCAGUAAGGCAGGGACCCCUGGUUAGUAGAGGUGGGUGCAAUUCAUUCAUGUGUCGAUGCAUCGCGAUGCUUCAUGUGACGAUUCAGCAUCGAUUAUUAAUGUUGAUGCUUAACCCAUUUAAACCAGGACAGCAUGUACGCAUUUCAACCUUCAAAGCCGAGAGCGUGGCUACGCAUUUCUACUUGGAAAGCCGGGUGCAUGUACGCAUUUCUACCCUUCAAGCCGGGAGAAUCGUGUACGCAUUUCAACCUUCCAAGCUGGCGGCACCUCUGCGCAUUUCUACCCUGUAAGCUGGGAGCACAGAUACGUCAUUUUGUAACAUUCUGUAGUUUUUUAAUCAUUUCUGGAGUCAUGGCGAAUCAAAUCAUUAUACCCAUCUGCCUCUGAUAGGCUAAGAAAGCACUUCACUGGUAUCCUCUGAUUCAGAGCCACUGGUAUCCUGUCCUGUGGUGCUGUCGUUACCAAGCCUCACUCUUAGAGUCCACACAUGCACCACCAGGUAGCUUUCGGGCUAACCCAGAAGUUUCUCCUGAAUCCACUGAGUCCCAUUGUUCCUCCAUGAGCCCUAGUUCAAAAAGGUGUCCUCUUGUCCACAGCUGACAGUAUUCCGUCCUUGUCGUUAGAAUUCCUUCAUUUGUUUGUUUGAAGCCUGCAGAUGUUAAACGUUUAACAGUGCACUGCAGGGAGUGGAACAUGUAUGCCUGAUGUGAGUGAAUGGAGCAAAAAAGUAGGGUUUUCUAAAGCAAAGUGAAGUGCUGAAAAAAUUACAAUUGUGGUACACUGCACACUCACACAGACGUCAGUGUUUGGAUUGGAGUUCCUCGAAAUUAGCUAAAUUACGUGGUAGAGCUGACCACGUCUACAGCAGCUGAUAUUCCAUCUACUGCUGGUUCUCGGCUGGUUUCUACACCAAAAGGCUUAGCUGAUCAGUGUCCUCUGUGACUAAUGCACUUGUUCACACUUAAAAUGAAAACAAACUAUCCUUUUAAAAAUGACAUCUUAAAUGUUUCUCCAUUACCUAGAGUGAUUAGGUGGUGUAAAAGGCCAAAAUGUGAAAAUACUCAGAGCUAAAAACAAAAACCAAAGCUGAACUGAGAAAAAUGUUUGAGGGGGGAGCAGAUUUAUCCUGAAGAGCCGUGACUAUUGCUGCACAGUGUGUUUUUGUUAGGUUCGUGUUACUCAUCUGAAUUGUUAAUACUCUGGUCCUAACUACCUACAGAAGGUUUAUGAAAUAUUGCUUCUUGCUGACAGCACAAAAGUUCUGGAUACUGUAACCAACACAUACCAGAGACAGAUGAUGACAAAUUCUUAACUAAGUGUGACAUUACUGCAUGACAAGGCCUCCCUUUCCCAUCAUCCUAAUUACCUCUAUUUUUGUGUGGUGAGAUGAUAAUCGUCUCAAUGAUGGGUGUUUACUCCCUGUGAGGCUCUUUAUGACGAGCGUCACCCUGAUAUCUGUGAGCAGAUUUUUGUCUCACGAAAACAUCUUCUCUCUGUACUCAGAUCCUUAAAAUUCAUCACAUUCAUAACAUGCACACCCCUGCAUGUGUCACCUGGAGCUGUUGACUUAUUAAUGUGCAUGAAGCUUUGAAUUAAAGCAGUCAAAUCAAUCAGUUCUUUGCUCGCUGUCUGUCAGUCAGCUGUUGCUCUCUCACUGUCAGAAGGAGCUGAAAUGGCUGAUGAGUCAUCCCCCCCUAAUUUCCAUGUUUUGAUGUUUUCACAUUGUGUACGGAUGAUGUAAGUUGUUAGUUUGCUCGCUGAUUGCAUUGAUCUGGAGUUUUCACAUGGCUCAGGCGAUCUGAUUCACUGCCCAAAACACAAAACCUUAGAUUGGUGCUGUUGGUGGUUUUGUUUUUAAAAGAGUCAAACUGAGCUGCUUGCUGCUUUCCCACUGUGAAACCGUUUUUUUCUUUUACUACAAGUCCUCUUUAACAGAUUUUUUAGAUUUUAUAUGAGGUGCUAAUCAUUGCUGAUAGUUGUGAAUAAAUUCCCUCAAUGUGCAUCAUCAUUCAUGCUCUUCCAACUUGAUUUCCUCAGACCAACUGCAAAGCAUCAAUGUCUGUUUCAUUUAGUUUUAUUCCAUGCGUAUGGACCUACAGAAAAAAAAAAAAAGGAUUCCUCUGCCAAAGUGGUUUGAGAGGGUUCUGUGGCUGUUUUGAUUGUUGUUUUUCCUACACCAUGAAACUCAACAUUGCAAACCAUUGUAACCAACCUCCAAGUUAAAGGCAGACAUGAAUAUCAACACAGGGCAAGGCUAAAUCGAGCAUUUAAGAGCGUCUUUUACAAACACACAUGGUGAAAGGUUAGUACUUUAGGCAGUUUUGACUGCUUCACUUCACCAGAUAGGAGAGUUACAACAGAGGGAUCUGUCAUAAAACAACCUGAAUGAUGUGAUGGAUAAGAUUUAGAUCAGCUGAUUAUUAAUGUAUGAGUAAGUCUCCUGAUCAGUGUGACUUGUACUGUAACUGAUGAUCUCACUCUAACAAAAGUUUGUGUGAAUAUUUGUGUAAGGUGGAGAGAAGAUGUGUUUUCUAACAUUUCCACACCACAGAAAAAUGUGUCAUUACCCACCCAGCCAAAUGUGAAUGAUUAAAAUAAUCUUAAAGUGAAUAAAAUUCAUUCUGUAGUCAUCCUCCUCCUCCUCCAGGACAGUAAGGCGUGUCAGUUUAGAGCACGAGCCGUGCCCACCCACCACUCAAUCAUCUCUAGUAGACAAGAAAGGGUCGGCUAAACUGUUGUUGUGUUUUUUCCUCAACUUGGUAAGUUUUUUAUCAGUUUCAAGAGGUCUAAAUGCAUUUAAUGUAGUUUUUAAAUCAUGGGUUAUCAUUUUUAUUUGAUAACUGUGAUAUCAGUAUCUUUCAAAAUAAACGUGAUUAUAAUCAUGUUAUAAUCAAACAGCCAGAGGUGGAUUUCUGUGGUGUGUAUUCUGGCUCUUGAUAUUUUGCAUAAAACACUCAUGUUGUAGUUUAUAUGAAUUACUAGUCUGUGGUCACAUGAACAGAGCCAUAAAUAUAUACGUUAUCUAUAGCUCUUAUCCUGCUUAUCAGUUUUAAAAAACUGGUAAGGUCAUCUGUGAGAAAAGGUCACAUGUCCUCAUUAAUCUUCCCUCUGGUUUAAGGACACUGCUGUCCAUUAACAACAGUGCAGCUGCUGAAGCUCCUACCUUAUAUAACACCUUCUUUUGAACUACUCUGUUUCUCUCAGGCUCAACAUUAAGAGUUGUAAGAGAAACAGAGUAGUUAAGAUAUUUUUUUUGUUAGCAGGAUCUAUAACCUCCUGAAAAGAGCUCCCUGCUCACGGCAUUUGCAGUCAAAUCAGUUUGUAGAUAUAUAAUACUGUUCGUCCUUUACACAUCUGAUGCACAGAUUCAUAUAGCUUUGUCACUGUGAGCAUGUUGUAUAGUUAUAACUCAACUGGUAGUGUUUUCUUUUAGUGUAGGUAUAUUUGAAUUGAUUUUUUUUUAUGAAGUGAGUGGGCUUACAAGACACCAGAAAAAAGGAACAUAAAAUAGCAGAUGAAAACCAGGUAACAGACAUGAAACCAUUUAAGCGUAUAAACAAUCCUAAUGCUUUUUCCAGGCUUCAGAGACAAAAUAAGCUUACUUAAAGACAUUAAAGUAAAACAGCCAGUUCAUUUUAUCAUCAUUAGAGUACCAGAAAAUGUCUGGGUUUUUAACAGACAUUUCAGUAAAUAAUGGAGUUCUCAGUUCAUCAUACAAAAGGCAGUAUAACAGAAAAUGUGACUAACUUUCCACUUCAUUGAGUUCACAUAACCUUUCAUCUUCAGGAAUGUUUUUUAAAUCUGCCAAACUUCAAGAUUCAAGGGAAGGAUUCCUGUUCUCAGCUGUGCCAUUAAAGACCUCUGAUUUCUUAAGGGGUUUGCUUUAACAUAAGACAUAGCCCCAACAUUUGUCCCCACACAUCCCCUCUGAGUUUUCUGAAUCAGUCCUGGGAAGAGUUCACAGAAUAGUUUCUCCACUUCGGCCAGUUGCUGUUAAUUAUAGAUGAAAGCUUUCUACAUUAAAUGCCUUUUAAAUCACAAUCAGACUACUUGUUGCCUGUGGGGCUUGUCUGAAUGAGGAGCAGACAACCAAAGCCUGGAGCAUCACGCUGUACUGUAAGUUAGGGCAGUCCCCCCAUAUGUCCACUAAACUACCUUCAAAGGACGCCGUUUAUACAAGAGGGCUUCUUUAUAAGACUAGAGAAUUGGAUACAGAUACCAGCAUGUUGAGUGAGGGGUUAUGGAAGUUAUAUAAUGGUGGUCUACUACUGCUGCUGCCCAGUUGUGAAGCUCCCUAAAGCCUUGUUAAUUUAGAAAUUUUGCAUAAAGAUGUAUAAUCUGUACUUAAGGGGUCUGAAUUUAAGAAGUGUUCUUCAUUUCUGGCCGUUGUUUGUGUGUUUGGUGUUUGUGCAUUAGAACCAGAUCCUGUGGAGAGGACAAGUAAGCAGAAUGUGCUCUAUUGCAGUACCAACAUCACACAUCCUACCUGCAACAAUCCGAUAGAGAUUUAUUUGACUGGGCUGGUUAAUCAGAAUUUUAAGUAUUGUUGAGGAAACAGGGGGAAUAGUCACUUUGCCUCCUCUCUCCAAUCUAACCUUUUAUUAAGAACUGAUUUUUUAGUUUUAAGUUUCUUUUUAAGCUUCACUUAUCAGUACCUCUGCCCUCUUUCCUCUAUCAGUUAUUCCAUGAAACAAGUCCAUCACCUAUUCACAUAAUGGAUUCAUAUUAUCCUCACACACAAAAAUAGAAGUUAUGACUUAUUGCAAAGAUGCAUGGUAUCUCCUUUGAAACAGAUAAUCAGUAGAAAAACCUCAUUUUUUAGGUUUUAGGUUAAAAAUGAAUAUAAACAUAUAUGUAAAGGAGAGGAGGAGGGUCAUUGAGCUUAUUGAGCAUUAAUCCAUAUUUUUAAGACUUAUAUUUGUUCAGUGUAAAGUAAUAUGUAUCAGGGUAAAGAGCACAAUACAUUUAAAAAUACUGAUGAAUUUUUGGAGGAAAGACUUUGUGAAUGUUAUAAUUAAAUGUCACAUAAGUAUUAAAGCUCAUGUGAGGAGGUUUUUUAUGAAAUAGACUCAAAAUUUAUAAUGAUUCAUUUUUAUGAUAUAUGAAAGCAAACAAAACCAUCAGGGAUUAGACUGACUGUUUUUAAUGCUAGAAACUUUUGACAGGGAAUCAAGUGUCAGCAACAAACAAAUAUUUUCCUUCCUCUCCACUGUUUUAGAGGCCUCAUAUUGAGAAUAUAUGAGUGAAAUCAACUAGGGAUGUCCUGAUCCAAUAUCGAUAUCAGAUAUAAGUCCGAUAUCAGCAAAAGAACAAAUAUCGGAUUAUACUGGCCUGCAUCUAAAAUCUCUGAUAUCAGCAGUCCAUUCCAGACUCAGCUCCAGCACCUCUAUCUAAGAGAGCCUGGAUCCAGCAUGCAGAGCCCACGUAAUCACAACAAAGUGGCAAGAAGUAGGAGUCAUGUCGGCUGUUUGGCAUUAUUUUUCAUUUAAGUUUGAAAAAGACGUUGCUGCUGAAUGCAGAUCUUGUCGUGCAUAAUUUUGUGCCCAUUUCAAUAUCUGAAUCUGAGGGCUUCAAUCAUAUCAGAAGUAAAAAAAAGUUGUAUCGGGACACCCCUAUGAUCAACCCUCUGCAGGUGUCAUUGUGUUGCAAUCCAGUGAAUUUAUGGACUUUGCUGAGUUUUCCCCAAAGCUGCACUCUGAAAGCUGUGCAUAGUCAGCCUAAAGUCAGUAAAAUCUCAAUGAUGUGAGUUAGCUACACAAGGUGCCCGCAUCAGCAGUCAUCCUGCAUCUUUAACUCAACUUUUUGUGCUGCAUUCACAGUCAGCUGGCAGCGGUAGACGCUGCUGUAAUGGUACGUACGCAAGAUGGCACCACACACAAAGUCUUGCCCGUUUCUAUACGUGCCGCUAGAAGACUUAUUUGAACUGAAAUAUUGUUUAUAGAGCUUUAGAGACAUGUUGAAGAAAGCUCAAGAGUAGUUUCAGUCAUCUCUCUGUGCAGAUCUAGCCGCUUUGGCUGAUUUAGCAAGUGAUAUUUGCAGUUUCCUACCCAAAAAGACUGACUGUAACCUUGUAAUCUUGGAGUGUCUCUGACAAACUCUGAUUUUUGUGACAGGAGACACAAUAUCAUCUCUGCAACUGCAAGCUCCCACUGUGAAGUAUUUUUAAAACCUGCACCGCUGCAGGAUGCGAGCUUUUUGGUACUGCAAUGUUGACAUAUUUUUAUUCUGACAUUCAAGUUUAUUACAUAUAAUGAUGCACUUCCCAAAAGAUAAACACCGAUUUGAAUGAAAUCUGAGUUGUGUGGCCGCUCUCUGUCCAGCUGUGGUGGCAGUCAGUCCGACUACUGUACUUUACUCCCACUUCCAGUAAAUGUAUUUAGAGGAGAUUACAGAUGUGACCUAGACAAAAGGGCAAACUCCCUUCAUGCUGUCUGACUGCUUGUCUGUAGUUUGGUCUGGAAAAGAGCUCAGGUUUGGGAUCUGGGUGGACACAGAUUAUCACAGUGUCGGUUUGAUUAUAUUAGGUAGGGUUUUGGAGGAAAGCUGAAAUUUUCAGCGCUGAAAAAUACUGUGGACAAAGAAUCAGCGGCAGUAAAUCAGGAUGUCAAAAAAAUUGUAAAAAAAUGAGCUUUUCAGUCAGUUGUCCACAGAAGCAAAGUCAUGUAACAAGAUUGCGGGGCUCCCACCUGCUUGUUGACUCGGGGAGGAUGACAUCCACAUCAAGCCUCGCUCCAGGCCCGAUCUGUUCAAGUACGCUCCUGUCUGACUUCGACAUGCCAAAGUUUCUGUUUUCAGUACAUGAGACUGAACCUGGGCUGACAACUCCACUUAUCUUUUAUGAAGUUGAUGCCCCAUCAUGGCAUGCAUUAAUGAUGUUAGAGUAACAUGAAAAACAAGGCUCAACUGUUUCAAACAAUUCUGUAGUCCACCUCUGAAGAUCAUGACCCAAAGAAAAUCUAAGAUAAAAUUGAACUUUAACGUUCUUGAAGCCCCAGUCUCAAAUGAAGUUGUUGUUUUUUUAAAUAAGCUGCUGAAUUAAUCUUUUUUUUUUUUAUCUCCUCUCAUACAAUUUUUAGGCUACACUGACUUUGAAUACACGGUGUAAAGCCUCAGGCCAUGGACAUUUGUCAGCACAUGAAUAGAGAGAACAUUGGAAAGAGUAGGCUUUCACUUCACUUCAGUAACACAGAGGCUUCUCUCAGGAUCUGCCACAGCCUGUUGUAAAGAAUUAUUCUCAGGUUGCUUCUAAAGUUCACAAGAAAAAGAGAAACAGAGCAGGGAAGGAAAAAAGUGUUUAUAAAUCUUCUUUUCUCUUCGCUCUGCGCACAUUUAUCUGAUUUCAGUUGUUGUUCUCUAGCCUGGUGGAGCACACUGCAAGUCCUACAGUGCAGGUGUCCAGAUUGCAGGUAGCAGCACACUGUAUCUCUUGUCAGAAUCCCCCCUUCCUCGCUUGAAUGUUGUUUUCAUUUGACAGAGAAGAACUAAAGAUAAACUGUUUUACAAUAUUACUGAUGUUCUCCUCUAGGAGAUGAAGUCCCGCAUCCUGCAGAGUCUAGUGUGACUUCUGGCAGAACAUCAGGACACUCUCUUCAAAUAUUACUUUUGGUGACAUUACAGAUUCUUAUCCGGGGUUACAGAGGCAGGAGGUGGGGUAAACCCUGAGCAGAGGGCUGACAUGUAGACACAGAGGCCCAAUCCACACAAACACUCACACUUACAGGCAGUUUAGAGUGACCAAUUAACAUUGUGAGUGUGGGUUUUUUUUGACUGUGGGAGUACCUGGAGAGAACCCAUGCACCAGGGGAGAACAUGCAAACUCCACACAGAAAGACCGAUUCAGACCAGGAACCUUUUUGCUGUGAGGCAACAUCACUAACCACUGCACCAGCAUACAGCCUGGUUAGGGAGGAUUAUUUUAGAUAAUGUUUACUGUUUACAACCUGUCCUAUUUAAACCAUCAAGAGAUGACCACAUUCACAUUGUGUCAUAUGGCUGCGCUGCACUUAAACUUCAUUCUGGUCAAUCAAUCAAUCAAUCAAAUUUUAUUAAUAUAUCGUUAUCCCAAGACGCUUUCCAAAAAAAAGAGCAGGUCUAGACCACGUUCAUUGUUUGAUGAAUUACAAAGACCCAACCUUAAGAUGGGACAGAUUUGAGAAACUUUCUUUUAACAGGCAGAAAACCUUGAGCAGGACCAGACUCAUGUUAGACAGCCACCUCGCCGCUGCUGAGUUGGGGAGAAAUACAGAGAGCUAGGGAGGGAGGGCAGGGGGGAGAGAUAGAGAACAAGGGAGGAGGAAGAAGAGAGAGAAAAAGCAAGGGAGAGGGAGGGAGAGAGAAAAGAGAGCAAGGGUCAGAGAGAGCGAGAGACAGGGGACAGCCUCUACAUAAAAACAACAGCAACAACAACAACAGCUCAUACAGAGUUGUGGUUGCAGAGCAAGUAAUAAUGAAACAAUAUGAAUUCAGUUUAGAGGAUUAGGAUACAAGGACUAUGUUAAAUUAGUUUAAUGUGAUUUCAGUCAACAGGUCUAACAGCAGUUAACUCUAGCUUUAUGUUGUUAAUGUCAAUGAGGCUGAUGUGGGUGAGGUCAGUGCUUUAUUGUUUACAAAAUAAAUAACAAUGCCCACACUCAGUGUCAACGUCACCCCAACUGGCUGAGCAAAGUUCCAGCUGUCUGACAGUGUGAUAGUCCUUGUGCAUGGAUCAGGCCGGAGUAUCCAACCUCAUGUUGUUUUGUGUCGAGUGAGACAAAAACCAGGACAAGGACGUAAAGAGACCCCUUGGAUUCAACAGUACCUGAUGUAAAUGUGCAUCCUGGACUAUUGGAUCCCAAAGGGAGGGGACUUGGUACAUAAGUGAUGAUGAUUUCAGUAAAUCUGGAAAUGAUAGCUGACCAGCAAGCCCAAUCAUGUCAGUGAGUUAAUAUCUGGCAAAAUUCUGCUUUUAGUGUUUUUACUGUGACCACGUUACAGUGGUUUAAUACUCAGAGCAUCAAUUUGCCUGAAUCCAGCUGUGGAGAGCUGUAAGAGUGACUUCACGUUGUCCAAACUAUUCUUUCAUCUUAUUGUUUUAUUACAGACAAACUAAAUCAUGAAAGACUUGGCGUCCCACCUGGCAGAUUUUUGAAUUUCUGAACCAAGACGUGUCAGCAGGACGGCUCUUACUGUCACAGUUCUUCAAGCAGGCAGAGCUACAAACAUCUCUCUCUCCUCCUGACUGUCUAUUUGUGUUGUCAUUUAAAAAGUAACGGAGCACAAAAGUCUUCUCAUCAGGUCAAACGUUCUCAAGAACUAUUCCAGAUGGUCUGCAAAAAAGUGAAAAAAGUACAGUAUGGCACAGAAAAGCCCUGCUAUACUAAAUGGUCGAAAUAGCUCUGUUAAAGGUAGUUAGGUGAGUUGGUCAUUUGUGAUAAUAUGGAUGAAAAUGCUGGAGAAACCAGUGAAUCUCUGCUUUGUUUCUGUCUGAACAGGCAUCACAUAUAGACUGUAAUGGUUUUGUUUUGGGUGCUUGAGUUGCUCGGAGGUCAGUUCAAACCGAAAGAGGGUACUUGGGGUCUGUUCCUGUAAACCCGCAUGCUCGGUCACAGUGGGUUUAACAGUGUGUUCAUUUAACUCACCAGGGGGUUUGUCCCAUUUGGAUUGUUUUGACCGACUUCAUUCUGUUUUGUCUCCAUGGGAAGAGGUCAAAGGUCAAUAUAGAGACACGAGUCAUGGCUUGUUUUGCACUGUGGCCAAAUUGCCUGCACUGGUCUGCACUGAGGAGCCUGAAUAAAUGUGGUUUGAAACACAUAAAUCUAAUAGAGCGAUAAAAUUAAUUAAGAUGUCAAGAUGUAUGGUGGGUUCCAACAAACCAUAUUAUACUUGUUUUUCAAAUGUUUACACCCCCUGAUAUCACAAACUCAGAUUUAACUGUAUACUCUAACAUCAGACAGAUAUAAAGCAGAUCUGUGUUUGGACUGAACAUGCUGGCUCCGUGCAGCGGCCCUUAUAAAGCCCUGUCUUUUAGUCAGUGUUAACCCUGUGAAUCAAACACUUAAAGCUAAGAGGCGCCGCAGUCUGAACGUGUCAGUUUUCACCCUCCUGUCUGAAUGAGUGAUGUUUAAAGACUGACAGUAUUCAGCCUAUAACACGCAUUUUGUCCUCUUAUUCUUUUUUUUUCUUGCAGGAGGAGUGCUUCCUUAACCUGGAGGCUCCCAUCGCUCGGGUUUGUGGUUACGACACUCCCUUCCCUCACAUCUUUGAGCCUUUUUACAUCCCAGAUAAGUGGAAGUGCUUUGAUGCGAUUAAGAAGAUGAUCAACUACUGAACUCUGCCAGGUGAGAAGGACUCUUUAGUUUCCUUUGAGUCAAACUGUCGGAGAAAGAUCUUGUCACUCUCAAAGACUUAGUGUAUAUUAAGACCUGUCAACAACUUCCCUAUCAUGUGCUACAUGUAUGCCUUCUCUAUGGUCUGCUAAAUGUAAAUGUAAAUGUUGUUUAUUUUUACAGCCCUUUACAAAAAAAUAAAAAAUAAAAACAAUAAAAAGCAAUAAAAAACUAUGUUGUGAAAAAGAUAUAUGCACCCAUGAUUAUAGAGACUAUUUAAUUCACUGAUUGUUUGAAUUUUCCUUCAUGUUUCUCUACUUAUCGUGUUUAUACUCCACUGAACAUAAAGGCUUUGUUCUUAUCCAGACAUUACAUACUUCAGGGACUUACUCAAAUGUUGCAUCUGGACUGCCUUUGUACAAUCAACCCGGGUCUUUGGUUCAUUUAAUUUUCAUCUGUGGAAAGAUUCCAGGACAGCUUGCACAUGUACAUUGAACAGUUGGUUCGAGAAAAAUUAAGAGUUUGAAGAAGGGGUUUGAAAAAAUGUUUAAAGUACACUCAGUAUGUUUACAUGUUUUUAAAAAAAUAAUCAUUUUAUUGCAUUAGUCUGGCUUGAAUCACACGAAAUCUCAGAGGAGGACUAACAUACCUGGAUAAUGUGGUCGGGAAUCAAUUUCCUCUGUCAUGUACACGGCUCAACCAAACCAAAACUGGCCUAAGGGUUCUGCACAUGCUCCAUUGUUCACAACUGAACAUGUGAAACAAUUCAUGUUAUUUGGGUAUGAAAAUCUAUGGAAGAGGAUUAGGACCACUGGAAAAAAAAAGGUCCAAUAUAUAUAUUUUUAAUUAUUAUUCAGAGAAAAAAAGUCAGAAUUCUGACUUUAAACUCAGAAUUCUGAUUUUUGUUUUCUAAGAAUAUCAAUUAAAAAAAAAUUAUAACAGACCUUUUUUUUUCAGUGGCCCUAAUUCUUUUCCGUACAAAUCAGAUUCAUUGACUUGACCAAGUUUGUUUUCUCUGGUGUGUGAGCAAACAAAUAAAUUCUGUCCGUAAUACACCGUCUUGAAAAGUCUCCAGUGUGCUCUGGAGUUUUUUUCUUUUUUACUUUACCUUUGCUGAAAUAGAUCCAGCAGUUUUCAGGACUCCACAGCAUCUGUUUUGAGUUUAUUCACACCUGUAUUUAGAUCUGGACUUGCAUUCAGACCACACAAUGCUGAUUUUACUGCCAAGUGUGAGUAGACCCUAAAUGUAAUCGAUAUGCUCCAUUUGGUUUGGUUACCUCAUGCUGCUAUCUCAUACAAAGGCGGUGUUAUUGUCUUUUAUUGGCAGCAGAAGUGCUGAGUCAUACUUUGAGAUGGGACUGUCACUCUGCCAGACUCUUUCGUAAUCCUUUUUUAAUUGUCGGUGUCAUCUUGAGUUACAGCCAUGAGAGCGUUAGCUUUGAUUAAAACAGUGGAGGGAGCAUUAAUAAAGUAUUUAAUUGAAUCGAAACACGUCACCUCACUGCUCACCUCUCCGUGCUGCUCAACUUUUCCUCCUCAUCUGCCGUUCUCAUCAGAUCAUCAAGUUAUCCUGGUUAACUUUUUGAACCUUUCUCCUCUUCCACAGCCAACUUCUGGUCACCCUGAACUCAAAACACUAUUCUUUCCUCUCAAUUCAUCCAAUCGGUGGAAAGCAGCCAGGAAAAGACACUUUGUAGACCAUCCAAUCAAGAAGCAGGAUCCAGAUGGGCUUCAUGUCCCGCUGUGUCCUCGGGUAAAAGGACUGUUACAGUACCUCUGGAUCAGAGAUCCUCAUUCUUUUGCAAGACAAAAAUGCCUUCACUCUGUUUGGUCAAACUCUUCUUUUUUCAUCAUUAGUCAUUUAAUUUUCUUCUAAAGAGUGGGAUUCAGUGAGGAUGAGUAGGUUUAAUUCUGUGACUUCAUCAUUGUGCUGUUCUGAUUGACUGUGUUCAACUCUGCUCUAACCUUUAUUGAGUCUGACAGAAACCCAAACUUGUUGUACUAACAUAAUGAAUCUGUGGUUUUUAUGGAAAAUAAAGUAAUCUGAAUUUGGUGAAAACAGA